AUGGCGUCGAACAAUACUGACGAGAAUGGGGGCCAAUCUUAUACCCCAAUUGCCAUAUGUGGUAUUGGCAUCCGGCUUCCUGGAGGCAUUCACAAUGCUGACCAACUGUGGGAGUUCAUCGCCACUGGUUGCGACUCUCCGAGCCCGCCACGAUUAGGUGGCGAUUGUCAGAAGGACCAGGGCCCAGUUGGUGCCUCGUUUUUCUUCACGACCAGCGAACAGGCCGAGGGCUGUACGCUGCAGCAGGCGCAGCUUCUGGAAGUGACUCGCGAAUGCCUUGAGGACGCGUGCGAGAUCAAUUACCAGGGCGAAGAUGCUUGUGUUGGUUGUUAUGUUGGCAUGCUUGAAGAUGUCGACGCAUCUAUGAUAUCCUCGAAGAAUGACUUGAAAGGGCCAUGCAUGGUUGCCAAGUCGUCACCAUCGCCAUCUCUUGUGGCUCUGCAUGAGGCUUGCUGCGCUGUGCAAUCCGGCGACGCUAGAUCUGCAGUGGUUGUAGGAUCUAGCUUGGUGCUUGACAUUGAAGAUGGAGCCAAACCGGUUGAGGCAGUGUCAGCUGUGUAUAUCAAGAUGUUGCCUGAUGCCAUCCGUGAUGGUAACCCAAUCCGUGCAGUCGUUCGAGCAUCCAGUGCAGGAAAUAUUGCGGGUGACCAAAGCUCUGGAUCCGAUGUACCUGGGGAGGCCGCACCUGGCCUUACAAGCUUGAUCAAGGCUGUGGUAACCCUGGAGAAUCGUGCUACUCCUCUAAAUGCUUCUUCUGGAUCCUCUAAUGUGGACUCGUCCGAUCAUACCGAGGGAAUCAGCAUCAAUUCUUCUGGCGCUGAUGGAUGUGGCAUCCAAGUUAUUAUCGGAUAUUAUCCUCAAUCUGCUCCAAUUAGAUUCGAGGCUCGACCAGAACUUGUUCUUUUUUCUGCACACAACGUGUCGUCUUUGGCCAAACAAAUAGAGCUCCAUCGUUUGUAUGCCCAGUCUCACCCAAGACAGGCAGCUGAUAUCGCUUUCACUCGCGCCCUGCGGCGCGAGACUCUGGAAUAUAAGGCAUUUUCCAUUCUUUCCAAUUCAUCUUUUACCAACACCUCAAACUAUGCCAAGUCUUCUGCACAGACUUCGGCCAUCACCAUGAUUUUCAACGGCCAGGGUGCUCAGUGGGCAGGAAUGGGCAAGGAGCUCAUCCAGGCUGACCCGGAGUUUCGAGAGGAUAUUGAGAAGAUGGAUGCUGUUUUGAAGGGAUUGAAGAUACCGCCUACCUGGUCGAUCCAAGAAGAGCUUCUCCGUGAUGCUGCCGAUCCCGAGAACAGGAUAAAUUCAUCACAGCUCUCCUAUCCUCUCAGUACAGCUCUGCAAAUCGCUCUUGUUAAUCGCUUUGAGCGCCUUGGUGUUACGCCUAAGGUGGUCAUUGGUCAUUCUAGUGGUGAAAUCGCCGCCGCUUAUGCAGCGGGCUUCCUUUCCUUUGAAGACGCUAUCGCUAUUGCUUACUACUAUGGCCAUAUCACUACCAAGAACUUGAAGGAUGGCGGCAUGGGUGUGAUAAGCUUGGGCGUUGAAGAAACGAAAAAGUUUUUGGAACAAAAUACAGUGAUUGCUUGUGAAAACUCUCCCACUAGUACCACUAUUUCUGGUGAUCGUGAGGCGGUUGAACGAGUUUUGAGGUCCGUCAAGGCAGCCAAGCCUGAUGUGACUGCUCGUGCUUUGCGCAUUGAUGUUGCCUAUCACUCUCAUCAUAUGGCUCCUCUUGCGAGUGAUCUGCUUGAGCUUUUGAAGGCCGAAAAGAUUGCUUCACAGGCGCCUAAGAAGAGCAAGGCCAUCUUUGUGUCUACUGUCAGUGAGAAGGUCCUCAAAGAGCAGAGUGAUUUUGGUGCAGCAUACUGGAUCUCCAACUUGGUGUCCCGAGUCCGAUUCAGCACUGCCAUCUCUAAAUUUCUCGAGUUAUCUUCCGAGGAGCCAUUGUUUCUGGAAAUUGGACCGCAUUCUGCCCUAUCAGUCCCUCUGUCCCAGAUUUGUGCAGCUUCAAAUAUUCAAUAUAGCUAUAUUUCGUCCCAAACUCGCGGCGCGGAUAGUUUAAUGAGCUUUCUUUCUGCUGUUGGACGGUUGUGGCAAGAAUCGACUGAUCUGAAUUUGGCCCCAUUAUUUACUAAUGGUAAGGCACUUUCUGGAUUGCCUCAAUAUCCAUGGAGUCACGGCAACUCUGACGAGAGCUCCGAUGCCACUUAUCUAUCUGCUCAUGGUAAACGGGCACGCAUUAUUGAACAGGCCAGUUCUUUGGAGAGUGAACUUGCAGAUGAUGAAAUUCCAACAACCGAGCUGGAAAUUGUUCUUCGAGCUAUCUGGGUUGAUAUCCUCCGAGACGUAAUUCGAAUCCGCAUUCAAGAUAUCGGGAAGAAACACAGUUUCUUCUUGCUUGGUGGCGACUCCCUGGCAACCAUUGAGCUUGUUACGGCUGCUUAUCAGCACGGUAUUCGUCUUAGUCCGGCUGCAAUUUCCGACAAUGCUGAGCUUGCUCAGAUGGCUGCGGCGGCAACCAUUGAGGACGAUGCCACAAUGAUGGCCGAAAUAAAACCUUUCGGCCUGAUUAAAGAUGACAAGGCCUACAUCAUAAAUAAUAUUCGGAAAGAGUGCAAGUUUACGGCAACUGAAACAAUUGAGGAUGUCUAUCCGUGUACAACUCUCCAGGAAGGCUUCAUGGCUUUAGGUAUGAAGCAGCCGGGCUCUUAUAUUCACAGGGUUGUGUAUAAGCUGAUGCCUGACAUCGAUGUUGAUCGAUUCAUUGCUUCCUGGGAGGCUACUAUUAACCAAUGUGGCAGCUUGCGUUCUCGAGUUAUCCUCCUCGGCGGUCAAGCUCUUCAAGCUGUGAUAACUGAGGAUACCGCUUGGGAGCAUCUUCCGCCUGGUUUGGAUAUCCACACCUUCCUGAAUCGAACGCGAAGCAUUAGCAUGAGCUAUGGUGAGCGCUUGAGUAGACAUGCUCUGGUUCGAAAUAGCAAUGGUGGCGUCUAUUUCGUGUGGCUAAUUCACCAUGCGGUGUUCGACGGUCUGACCAUGCGAAUCGUUCUUGAUGCUCUCUACCACGCCUACCGAGACAAUGACACUAGGGCUUUGCGGCCGUAUUCCAACUUCAUCCGCUAUGUCGAAUCUCUUGACUCCACUGCCUCUGCCGAAUACUGGCAUAAAGAACUUAAUGGUGCUCAGCGCGCUCAUUUCCCUCCCGCCAGGCUUUCUGCUACCUCCGAAGACAAGGUCAUGAAGAGGACGAUGCCUUUCCAUAACACGAAAAACUCUUCUGUCACUACAGCCACGACCCUUCGUGCGGCCUGGGCUCUUCUCCUUGCUAGCUAUUGCGACUCUGAUGAUGUAUGUUUCGGUACUACAUUGUCAGGACGUCAAGCUGCGGUGCCUGGAUUGAGUGAGAUUCCCGGACCAAUGAUUGCCACUGUUCCUAUCCGCGUCAAAAUUGACCGCAGUAUGAGUGUGUUGUCUUUUCUUGAGAAAAUUCAGGCUCAGGCUGCGGAAAUGGUUGCUCAUGAACAGUAUGGUCUUCAGAAUAUCUCAAAAUUAAGCCAGGAUGCUGAGGAAGCAUGCGACUUCUCUAACUUGAUCGUCAUUCAGCCAAACAGCCAUUUGACAUCCAUCGCUGAUACUGCCUCUGAUGCUAUCUUGCAACAGGGUCCCAUUGAAAAAGCUCUCUCAGAAGAGGCAAUGCGUAAUUACUUUAACUAUCCCCUCGUUUUGCAGCCUCGUAUUGGCGAUGACAGCAUUGAGUUGGAUUUGACUUACUACGCCGACGCAAUCACCGAGGGCCAGCUUGAGGCUCUGUGUGUUCAUUAUGAGCACAUUGUCCAGCAAUUGCUUGCACCUACCGACAUGCCUCUGAGUGCUCUUUCGGUUUCCGACUCAUGGGACUUGGAGAAAUCCCUUAGGGCUAACAGCGAGACACCCGAGAUUGUCGACUUGUGUCUUCAUCAACUUAUUGAGAGACAGGCAAAGAAUCGCCCUAACGCCACCGCUAUUCAAGCUUGGGACUUAGAGCUUACCUACUUGGAACUCGAUCGUGCUGCUAACCGCCUCGCACACCAUCUUGUUAAGUCUUGUGGGGUCAGAGAUCAAGAUCUCGUGCACGUAUGCUUUGAGAAAUCAGCUUGGUUUUUCGUGUCUAUCAUAGCCGUCAAUAAAGCUGGUGCUACGUGGAUUCCUCUGGAUCCAUCACACCCAAUUCAGAGACAGCAACAAGUUGUCUCGCAGACGAAGGCAGCUCUGGCCUUGGCUUCCAUCAGCAAUGUUGAUAUGUGUUCUAAGUUGAUUGGUAACGUCGUCGAAGUGUCGCAUACUCUGGAUGAGGCGCUGGCCCAGACGGAGAUGAGCUCGCAUGGACCGGUCAGUAAUGUGUCGCCGCGUAAUGCCGCUUAUGUUCUGUCUACUUCUGGAAGUACUGGAACGCCAAAGGGCCUGGUUAUGCAACAUCAAGCCGUCUGCACUUCACAGACAGCUAUCACAAAGCGUCUUAGAAUGACCUCUGACGUAAAAAUGCUCCAGUUUGCCUCCUUUGUUUUUGAUCUCUCUAUUGGUGAGAUUUUUGGUCCCUGGGUUGUUGGUGGUUGUAUCUGUGUUCCGUCAGAAGAAACACGGAUGAAUGACUUAGUUAACUUCAUUAAUACAAUGAAGAUCAACUGGGCAUAUCUAACCCCCUCAUUUGCGCGGACCUUAAAUCCUGUUGACGUUCCUGGCUUGGAACUGCUAUUAUUUGCUGGUGAGGCUGUUAGGAGAGAUGUGUUUGAAGCUUGGUUCGGAAGGCUGAGGCUGAUCAAUGGUUGGGGUCCCGCCGAGACUUGUGUGUUCUCAACUCUCCAUGAGUGGAAAAGUCUCGAUGAAUCUCCAUUAACGAUCGGUCGACCAGUUGGUGGCCACUGCUGGAUUGUUGAUCCGCAGGAUCCGCAGCGAUUAGCUCCUAUCGGAACCUUUGGUGAAGUUGUGAUCCAGGGACCAACUAUCCUUCGCGAGUACCUUGCUGAUUUUACUAAGACUGAGUCUUCGAUGGUCCGGAGUCUCCCUGAGUGGGUACCAAAUCGUACUUCUACACACUGGGAUCGAUUUUACAAGUCUGGUGACCUGUGUCGAUAUAAUGCCGAUGGUACGAUGGAAUUUGGAUCUCGCAAAGAUGGCCAGGUCAAAAUUCGAGGUCUCCGUGUGGAGCUUGGAGAAAUCGAACAUCACAUCCGUGAGGCCUUGGAGGGCGUUAAGCAGGUCGCUGUUGAUGUGGCUAACGGAGAUGGUGGCGCAAUCAUUGUGUCCUAUUUUUGCUUUACAGAUGAAACUCGUACCGCUGGCAAGAACUACGAGACGAACGUGAGGGAUAUAUUUGCCCCGAUGACUUCUGAUCUCCAGAGCCAACUUACUGCUUUGGUUGGUCAGCUCGGCGUGACACUUCCUCGCUACAUGAUCCCAACAAUGUUUAUCCCCUGUUGUUAUAUGCCCUUUAUCACCUCGACAAAAUUGGACAUGAAGCUUUUGCGACUCGCGAUGUCCGAACUUAGCAAGCAAGAUGUCGCGAGAUACUCCCUUGUGGAUAGUAAGAAGCGCGCACCAGAAAAUGAGAUGGAGACUCGUAUCCAGGCGAUCUGGGCCGACCUCCUCAAGUUGCCGACCUCCUCCAUUGGUCGAGAUGACAGCUUUUUGAGGAUGGGAGGUGACUCGAUCGCUGCAAUCUACUUUGUGUCUGCAGCCCGCGACGCCGGAAUCUCCAUUGCCGUCAAAGAUGUUUUCGACGACCCCCGUCUGUUCCAAGUAGCUUCCAGGGCUACUAUUCUUGCCAACAAGGCUAAAUCUUCUCAGGUCAAGCCUUUUAGCCUCCUCACAGAAACUCUGAGCAAACUUAUGCAGAGUGAUGGUGUUCGAACUAAAUAUGGCCUUGGAAAAGACCAAAUUAUUGAGGACGCUUAUCCUUGCACACCCCUUCAAGAAGGUCUUAUGGCCCUCACUGCAAAACAACCGGGUUCUUAUAUAUCGAAGUGGUACCAUCGAGUCCCAAAGUAUAUUGAUAUCGCCAAAUUCAAGGCUGCUUGGAAAGAAGCUGUGGAGCGUAACGCCACUUUGAGAACCCGAGUUAUGCUUGAAGACGGCUGUGCAGUGCAAGCUGUCGUCAUGAACGAUAGCGACUGGGAGGAUACUACUGGCCAUGAUCUUGAGUCCUAUAAAGGCUUGAUUCACCAGUUUGAUAUAGGAUAUGGAACUCGCCUGACUCGAUUUGCUCUUGUAGAGGAUAAAGAUGACAUCUACUUUGUCUGGAUCAUCCACCAUGCUAUCAAUGACGGCUGGAGCAUGCGCAUCGUCCUGGAUUGCGUCUAUAACACUUACCACGGACGUCCUGUUUCCACUAUAUCUCCCUAUUCUAACUUCAUCAAAUACCUUAGCAAUAUAGAUGGGGAGACGGCCGCUAACUUCUGGAGAUCCAAUCUGUCUGGCGCUCAACGACCCAGCUACCCUGCUACUGGAAAAUAUAUUGCUGCUGAUAAGUCUGAAGGCGCAGUUCGUGUAAUUGAUCGUUUGGUGUCUUUUUCCGAUCAGAAAGACUCCUCAAUCACGAUGGCUACUAUCCUUCGCGCUGCCUGGGCAAUCGUCCUGGGCCGACACUGCGAUACUCGUGAUGUGUGCUAUGGUGCCACUGUUUCGGGUCGCCAGGCUGCCAUGGACGGUCUUUUGUCAACCCCGGGCGCUGUUAUUGCCACCAUUCCGAUUCGAAUCCAUCUAGACGCUGAACAGCCUGUGAGUAAAAUGCUGCAAGAUCUCCAGGCUCACGCGCUGGACAUGGUUCCGUAUGAACAGUAUGGUCUGCACAACAUUUCUAAGCUCAGCCCUGAAGCCCGAGAAGCUUGCGACUUCACAUCUUUACUGGUUAUUCAGCCCAAGGAGCAAGAAAGCACCAUAUUCAACACUAAAGAUGGUCUACUUCAGACAGGGGACGAAGAAGAUCAUCUGAUGAUCGAGUCCAUGAACAACUACUUUAGCUACCCGUUGGUUAUGCUUAGCUACAUGGCCGAACAGAGCGUGAGACAAAGGUUUUUGUACAACCCUGCCGUCCUGUCCGAGGCUGAAAUUGAAGCCGUUUCCUAUCAGUUUGAACAUGUGGUUCAGCAGCUUUUGAAUCCUGGUGACAAACUAAUCAGUGAUAUCUCUGUUGUUGGCCCUUGGGACCUUGAGCAGAGUCUCAAAGCCAAUAGUGAAAUUCCUGACGUUAUCGAUUCUUGUAUUCACGAAUUGAUUGAGAAACAGGCCGUUGAGCGGCCAGACUCCCUCGCUAUUGUUGGGUGGGACGGAACUUUUACCUAUACUGAAUUAGUUGAAGCGGCCAAUCGAUUGGCAAACUAUCUCACCAAGAAUUUUACCAUCAAAACUGAUGAGUUGAUACCUGUUUGUUUUGAAAAAUCGUCAUGGUAUAUCGUCGCAAUCCUCGCAAUCAACAAAGUUGGGGCCGGUUGGGUUCCCCUCGAUCCAUCUCAUCCUGAGCAACGUUUGCGCCAAGUUGUUAGUCAGAUCCGAGCAAAAAUUGUGCUAUGCUCCCCGUCCAAUGCCUAUAUUUGCAAUGGGUUUGGCCUGACUGUCAUCGAGAUCAGCUCUGUUUUCAACCAGAAGCUUGUGGAGAGUGGUGUGACCAGCACCACUGGGCCAGCUACCAAAGUGACGCCCCGAAAUAUUGCUUACGUCCUUUUCACCUCGGGUUCUACGGGCACCCCUAAGGGCUUAGUUAUGGAGCACGUUUCCGUGUGUACCUCGCAGACCGCUAUUAGCCAGAGACUUGAAUUAACUACCGACGUUCGCAUGCUACAGUUUUCAGCCUUUGUUUUCGAUAUAUCUGUUGGUGAAAUUGUAGCGACGUUAAUCUCAGGCGCCUCUUUAUACAUUCCAGAUGAAAACACACGUUUGAACAACCUACCAAACUUCAUCCAGAAUAAUAAUAUCAACUGUGCAAUGCUUACAUCAUCGUUCCUUCGUACUAUUAAGCCGGCGGACGUUCCUGCCCUAGAGCUCUUGGUUUUUGUGGGCGAGGCUCCCGCUCGCGAUGUGUUUGAAACCUGGUUUGGAAAGGUCAGGCUUAUCAACGGUUGGGGUCCCGCUGAGACCUGUGUUUUGUCAACAAUUCAUGAGUAUCAGUCCAUUGACGAAAAUUGCCUUACUAUCGGUCGGCCUGUUGGCGGCUUUUGCUGGAUUGUAGACUCAGAUAAUCCUCAGAGGUUAGCCCCUACAGGUGCUAUCGGCGAGCUUGUUGUUCAAGGUCCGACCCUGUUGCGCGAAUACCUUGCCGACUCUGAGAAAACCAAAUUAGCGAUUGUAUAUGAUCUACCAGAUUGGGCUCCACGCCGCGAGUCUCAAUACUGGAAUAGAUUUUAUAAGUCCGGCGAUUUGUGCUAUUACAAUCCGGAUGGUGCAAUCGAAUAUUUAACUCGCAAGGAUACACAAGUUAAGAUUCGCGGCCUUAGGGUUGAAUUAGGCGAAAUUGAGUAUCAUCUGCAGCAUGCUAUUAAUGAAAUUCGCCAAGUCGCAGUUGAUGUGAUUAAUGGUGAAAAUGGCUCCAGUCUCGUUGCUUACUUCUCCUUUAAUGAAGAAAGCAAGACAGCUGAUGCUCGUGUUCAAGAUGAUGACAAGGGCCCAUUUAUGUCGAUUGAUGAAGACCUUCAGGCCCGUAUCAUUACUGCAUCUGGCGAAUUAAGGGUUGUUCUCCCGUCCUACAUGGUUCCAACCUUCUUUAUUCCCUGCAGCUACCUUCCAACUAGUACCUCCGUUAAGCUUGACCGCAAGGCGCUGAAGGGAUAUACCGCUGCGUUAUCUGCCGAUGAGUUGUCGAAAUACUCUCUUAUCAGCGGCAAAAAGAGGGCACCAGAGACUCCUAUGGAAAGCCAGCUACAGCAGAUUUGGGCCGGAAUUCUUAAUAUUUCUAUGGAAUCAAUUGGACGCGAUGAUAGCUUCCUCAGCCUCGGUGGCGACUCUAUUACGGCCAUUCAUUUGGCCAAUGCUAUGCGAGAAUAUGGUAUCUCAUUAACUGUGAAAGACAUCUUCGAUGAUCCCCGCUUGCUCUCUGUGGCUAGCAAGACCAACGAGAUUAGCCAAGAGACCGUAAUUGAAGAGAUUGAGCAAUUCAGCCUUUUAGAAGAAGAUACGCGAGAAGUUAUUCUCUCCGAUGAUCUUCGAGAAAAGCUUAAUCUUUCUGAACAUCAGGAAGUUGAAGAUGCUUAUCCUUGCAGUAAACUUCAGGAAGGCCUCAUGGCUCUAUCUGUGAAACAGCCGGGAUCAUACGUCGCCAAGUAUACUUACCGCCUUCCCGAUCAUGUUGACCUCCAGGAAUUCAGGGAAGCCUGGAAGUUCACUUCAUCUGCUAUUGAAGCUCUCCGCACCCGUUUCGUGAUGAUUGAUGAUACCUGCGUUCAGGUUGUGAUUAACGAGGAGUUUUCUUGGGAGACUGCCACAGUCGAUGACAUUCGCACGGCUAUCGCAUCGGCUCAAUCUCUCCGAAUGACAUAUGGUACACCUCUAUCUCGUUUUAUGAUUCUUGAGGACCAAGAUGGAAGAAAUUAUUUCUUGUGGGCUAUCCACCAUUCGGUUCAUGAUGGUUGGUCGCUGAGAAUUAUUCUGGAGACCCUGUGGCGAGAAUAUAAAGGUCGAAGUUCGACGACUAUUAUCCCAUAUAACGGCUUCAUUAGUUAUACCCUGAACCUCGACGCUGAGGCGGCUGCUGAUUACUGGAGAGGUCAGCUUGAGAGCGCUAAAAAGGCCAGCUUCCCAGCUGCUGCCAUUGCUCCCGGCCAGACAACACAUAAAACUCGCAUGAUGACAAAAUCUAUUCCCUUCCCCGCCUCUAUAAAUCCGGCCAUCACUAAGGCGACAGUUCUCCGGGCAGCUUGGGCUAUUAUUCUUGCCCGCUACUGCGAUACUGACGACGUGACCUUUGGUUCUACCAUUUCUGGUAGGCAGGCCGCGGUUCCAGGUUUAACCGAAAUGGCUGGUCCAGCUGUUGCUACUGUUCCCGUCCGUGUCCGUCUCGAUUACGAGCAGCGCGUGUCAGAAUUCCUUCGGAGUAUUCAAAGUCAAGCUUCUAAGAUGAUUCCUUUCGAACAGUAUGGCUUACAGAAUAUCUCGAGGUUAGGUGCUCAUGCUAAAGAUGCUUGCGACUUCACUUCCUUGAUGCUGGUUCAGCCAAUGCAGCAUCUGACUGGUGAGGAUAUCGACACUAUUUUAGUGCCUGUUUUAGAACAAGAUAGUCAAGAGGAUCAACUACAGAACUACUUUUCAUAUCCUCUUGUUUUACAGGGGCAUAUUUACAACGACAGGAUUGAGCUUGUCUUGAUCUAUGAUGCUGUUGCUCUUCCCGAGCCACAACUCAUUGCGCUGUCUCACCAAUUCAAUGGGGUUGUUCAGCAGCUUCUUAACGAUGGGAAUUGCAAACUGAAAGAUGUAUCUGUGGCUAGCUCUUGGGACCUUGAUCUUGCUCAGGCUUCCAACGGCGAUUGUCCUGACAUCGUUGAUGAUUGCGCUCAUCUCAUCAUUGAACGGCAGGCUCAACAGACCCCCCAAGCCCAUGCCGUUUACGCCUGGGAUGGCACUCUCACUUAUAGUGAACUUGAUCGUGCUGCUAAUAAGCUUGCCAAUUUCUUGAUCAAGGGUCAUGGCGUCAAGGUCGGUGACAUCGUCCACGUGUGCUUCGAAAAAUCCCUUUGGUACGUGGUUUCAGUGCUCGCAGUCAACAAGGCCGGCGCCGCGUGGGUACCAAUGGAUCCGGCACAUCCACUUCAACGUCUCCAACAAGUAGUCAGUCAAACAGGCGCUAGGCUCGCGCUCGCAUCUUCUGUUCAUAGACACCUGUGCUCCAAACUGCUGAACACUGUUGUUGAAGUUUCCUUGACCCUGGACGAGCAACUGAAUAGAGACGAGGGUAUCAGUGAUAUAAAGCCUUCUGUAGCAGUUGUUUCUAACGACGUCGCCUAUGUACUCUUCACCUCUGGCAGUACCGGCGUCCCUAAGGGUAUUGUUAUGGAACACGGCUCGCUUUGCACUAGCCAGCGUGAUAUUGCAAAGAGACUUGGUCUUAAGAGCAACGUCCGGAUGCUUCAAUUCUCCUCUUUUGUCUUUGACGUUUCCGUGGGAGAAAUUAUGCUUUCUCUUAUGCACGGUGCGUGCGUUUGCAUCCCAUCCGACCAUGACCGUCUUAAUAACCUGGGCGGUUUUAUUCGAGAUGCCGAAGUGACUUGGGCAUUCUUAACACCGUCCUUUGCUCGCACACUUUGCCCUCAAGACGUUCCAAAUCUCGAGCUUAUCGUCCUUGCUGGUGAACCCGUUAGCCAGGAUGUCUUCGACCUCUGGUUUGGUAAAACUAGACUUGUAAACGGUUGGGGACCUGCUGAGACUUGUGUUUUGAGUGCUAUCCACGAAUGGAAAUCUGCAGAUGAAUCACCGCUGACAAUUGGGCGCUCCGUUGGAAGCUUUGCUUGGAUAAUCGACGUAGAGAAUCCUCAGCGCCUAGCCCCGGUUGGAUGUAUUGGAGAAAUCGUCAUGCAGGGACCUACGCUGCUUCGUGAAUACUUAGCUGAUCCAGCUAAGACUGUCUCAUCGACCUUGACCACCCUGCCUAACUGGGCACCUCGCGCGAAUGACAGAAAAUGGGGACGCUUCUAUAAGACAGGGGAUUUAGGCUUCUAUAAUCCUGACGGAACAAUCCAUUAUUCUGGCCGCAAGGAUACCCAGGUCAAGAUUCGUGGCCUUCGAGUCGAACUUGGAGAAGUUGAACACCACAUCCGGAACUCUCUUGAUUCGGUUCGACAAGUUGCCGUUGAUGUGUUGCGAACAGAGACCGGCACCAACCUUGUCUCUUAUAUCUGUUUUAGCAGUGAGAAGAAGAUCCCUGGCCCUAAUGUCGACCCCGAGGGCGACGAUAUCUUCCUUUUCAUGACCGAAAGUAUCCAGACCGAUUUGAAUACUGCUAUUAACAAGCUUAAUAUCUUGCUGCCUCGCUAUAUGAUACCAACUUACUUUAUUCCUUGUAGCUACAUGCCCCUUAUAUCUUCUGGAAAACUGGACAGGGUUAAGCUCCGCAAGGUUACGGCUGCUCUAGCUCAAGAAGAGUUGGAAGCUUAUUCGCUGACUGAUGCCAAUAAGCGCGCCCCUGACACGGCUAUGGAAAUCCGUUUGCAACAACUGUGGGCUGAUAUUCUUAACAUUCCUCCUCAGGCUAUUGGCAAAGACGAUAGCUUCUUCAACAUUGGCGGUGAUUCGAUUGCCGCUAUUCGCUUGGUCUCUAUGGCUCGUAAACUUGGCAUUACUCUCACUGUGAAUGCAAUCUUUGAAGAUCCUCGCUUGUCUUCAGUGGCUUCUACCGCUAGUGCAGCUGACCAGGCUGAAGAGACUUUUGCUCCAAUCCCUGCCUUUUCCCUCCUUGAUGACGGUAUUCGAGAGUCGAUUCAGUCUCCUAGCGCCUACAAGGACUAUAGUCUCCAUGAAACGCAGAGAAUUGAGGAUGCUUAUCCUACCACAAAGCUGCAAGAAGGGCUCAUGGCCUUAUCUGCUAAACAGCCUGGCUCGUAUAUCGCAAAGUUUCUGUAUCGCCUCCCUAGUCACGUUGACGUCUCCCGUUUCAAAGAUGCUUGGAGGCGCACAGUUGACGCCUGCACUAACCUUCGCACUCGAAUUAUCUUGUCUGAGGGAUCUAGCGUGCAAUUGGUCAUUCAUGGCGACUUUGAGUGGGAUUCCCUUGAAUCUCAAGACCUCCAGUCGUAUCUCAGGCUGCAUCAGGGACUAGAGAUGAGCUAUGGUUCCCGACUCUGCCGGUAUGCUCUUGUAGGGCACACGGAUGGUGAAAUGUAUUUCAUGUGGAGCAUUCACCAUGCUGUGUUUGACGGAGUUUCUGCCCAAAACGUCUUGAAGAUCUUUGAUAAGGCUUAUGAGGGUAUCGACACACUCGAUGUACCAGUAUAUGCCCGUUUCAUCAAGUAUACUCUUGGUCUUGAUGCAGACGCCGCCGAAUCGUAUUGGAAAGAGCAAUUGCAGGGCUCUCGCAGAGCCGUUUUCCCGGCAUCAAGUGAAGUUUCUAAUAUAGCCGGCACUACACGAGUUCUUGAAAGAUCCAUUAAGCUACCCGCCAUGACUUCAUCAGGAAUCACUGUCGCUACUAUCGCGCGAUCUGCUUGGGCCAUAGUCAUCGCUCGUUAUAGCGAGACAGAAGAUGUCACGUUUGGUACAACUGUCUCAGGUCGUCAGGCCCCAGUACCCGAAUUGAUGGAUAUGACUGGUCCAAUAAUUGCGACUGUUCCUGUAAGAGUUCGAGUAGACCGAACACAGUUGGUGUCUACCUUUCUCCAAGGCAUUCAGAGGCAGGCAUUGGAAAUGGUUCCUUUCGAGCAAUUCGGUCUGCAGAGCAUUGCUAAAAUCAGCGAAGAUGCUAAAGACGCUUGCGAUUUCACAUCGUUGUUGGUCAUCCAACCCAUGCAGCACAUUUCAGACUCUAAGAGCAGCAAAUCUAUUCUAGUGCGCACGGAUGGAAAACUUAAGGAGGAGGCAGAGUCCAUGCAAAACUACCUCUCAUACCCGCUCAUUGCCCAAGCUCAUUUGUAUGAAGAUCAUGUCAACAUUUUUUUCAUAUAUGACUCAAACAUCCUAGCCGAGAGACAACUUGAGGCCCUCUCUCAGCAGUUUGGCCACGUCAUGUGUCAGCUCGCAGCUACUGCUAGCCAAAGUACUCUUGGGUCAAUCUCUAUUUCCUCCUCCUGGGACUUGGAGCGCUCUGUUGCUUUUAACAGCGAAAUUCCUGAAGUCGUUAAUGCAUGCAUGCAUGAGCUUAUUGAGCGCCAGGUUGAGUGUCGACCUGAUGCUGUCGCCAUUUCUGCUUGGGAUGCCGAGUUUACGUACAGUCAGCUUAACCUUGCUGCUAACCGACUGGCUAAUCAUAUUAUUAAAAGCUAUGGAAUUAAACCGGGUGACCUGGUUCAUGUGUGCUUUGAGAAGUCGAUUUGGCAUUUUGUUGCUACUCUAGCCAUCAACAAGGCUGGAGCAGCAUGGUCUCCUCUUGAUCCAGCCCAUCCAGAGCAGCGCCUCCGUAAAAUCGUCGUUCAAACCGGAGCUAAUCUAGUUCUAACUUCUCCGAGUAACUCUAUGCUUUGUUCUGCCUUAUCUGAGAAAGUCCUUGAAGUUACAUCGAGCUUGGAUCAAAAGCUGGCCGAGACAGUUGAUUCCGAAGCUCCCGAUGUUGCUGUCACGCCUGACAAUGUCGCUUAUGUCCUAUUCACAUCUGGUUCAACCGGCACCCCAAAAGGCGUCGUUAUAGAACACAGGUCUGUCUGCACCUCACAAACUGCCAUGAUUAAAAGGUUGAGGGUUACAUCCGACGUUCGAAUGCUCCAAUUUGCCUCCUUUGUAUUCGACAUGUCAGUUGGUGAGGUUAUCCCCACAUUAUUUAGUGGCGGUUGUGUUUUUGUGCCAUCAGAAGACAUCCGGAUGGGCAACAUCGCUCAAUAUAUACGGGAUCAACGCAUUAAUUGGGCUUUUUUUACACCUUCCUUUCUUCGCACCCUAGCGCCCAAGGAUAUUCCUAACCUAGAAGUACUUCUCAUUGGAGGCGAAGCUAUUCCUAAAGAAAUCUUGAAUACUUGGUUUGGUAGAGUACGCCUUAUCAAUGGCUGGGGACCAGUCGAGACUUGUGUCUGCAGUUCCUGGCAUGAGUGGAAGUCAGUUGAUGAGAGUCCUUUAACUAUAGGUCGAUCUGCUGGAGGAUUUUGCUGGAUUGUGGACCCUGAAGACCCCCAUAAGCUAGCACCUAUCGGCACAGUGGGUGAGGUUGUUGUCCAAGGCCCAACUCUACUCCGCGAAUAUUUGGGCGAUCCAGAACGUACUGCAGCUUCUUCUGUCAAGGCCCCUAAGUGGGCACCUCAGCCUGACUCUCAGCAUUGGGGUCGUUUUUACAAAUCUGGCGAUCUAUGUUCGUAUAACUCUGACGGAACCCUUAAGUUUUUCUCCAGGAAAGAUACCCAGGUCAAGAUUCGAGGUCUUCGUGUCGAGUUGGGCGAAGUGGAACACCACAUCCAAACCGCAUUACAUGGUGUUCGCCAAAUCGCUGUCGACGUGUAUAAGGGCGACCAUGGUACCAAUCUCGUGGCUUAUAUCUGCUUCACUGACGAAAUUCGUGUCGCUGGAGUUAACUCUGAUGAUAGCAGCCCUUUCUUCUCGAUUGACCAAAAGCUUCAAAACCGAUUGAAUGCUCUGGUCGGCAACCUCAAGGUGACACUACCGCAGUAUAUGAUUCCUACUCUUUACAUUCCAUGCAGCUUCAUGCCGUCAAUUAUUUCUACCAAACUAGAUCGUAACGAAUUACGGCGCCGUACAGCAGACCUUACGCGCGAUCAAUUGUCAGAGUAUUCUCUACAAAGUGGCAUUAAGAGAGCUCCAGAAACUUCUAUGGAACGCAAACUUCAGCAAAUUUGGUCCAGUGUCCUUGGUAUUUCACAGGAUUCGAUUGGUCGUGAUGACAGUUUCUUCGGUAUUGGUGGCGACUCGAUUAAAGCAAUCCAGCUCGUUGGUUCCUCACGCGACGUGGGCAUUUAUUUAUCAGUGAAGGAUAUCUUCAAUGACCCUCGGCUUAUUUCAGUGGCCAAGGUUGCCAGCUUACUGAACUUUGUUGAAGAUGCCGCUAUUGAGCCAUUCGCCUUAUUGGACGACGAGACGCGCCAUCUUUCUAUGAGUGAAAGCACCAGAGUGAAAUGCGGUCUUAAAUCUGAAGCGAUUAUUGAAGACGCUUAUCCUUGUACAAAAUUUCAGGAAGGUCUCAUGGCUCUAUCAAUGAAAUCUCCUGGCUCUCACAUUGCCAAGUUUGUCUAUCGAUUAGCAGACAAUAUCGACAUUGAGCAGUUCAAAUCCAGUUGGGAUCAAACCGUUUCUCUCUGCCCUACUCUACGGACGCGUAUUGUGCUAUUAGGAGACCAUUGUGUUCAACUAGUGAUCAAAGAAGAUAUGAAAUUCGAGAUAUCCACUGCUUUAGAUUUCAAUUCCGCCAUGCUCGAAGUCCGUAAUAUACAAAUGACAUACGGUACCUCACUCUCUCGGCAUACUUUAUACCAAGGAAAAGACGGCAUCUACUUUAUUUGGAUUGCACAUCAUGCUGUUCAUGAUGGCUGGACCAUUCGUCUUGUUCUUGAAACGCUCCAGAACUGUUAUCAAAAUUCCAACAAUAUUUCUCUAAAACCGUAUUCAGCUUUCAUUAAAUAUGCAAGUAAUGUGGUCCAGGACCCGGCCACUAAGCAGUAUUGGUCUCAGCAACUUGAUGGCGCAGUGCAGGCCUCAUAUCCGCCUCGCCACAGGUCUGGAACGCAGCACAAGGCAGUCACUGGCGUGAUGACAAAAUCCAUUCAAAUGCCAAACAGUGCCCAGUCUUCAUUCACCAGAGCGACUAUUCUUCGUGCGACUUGGGCUAUUAUCCUUGCUCGUUACUCUGACACUGAUGACGUUUGUUUCGGCACUUCAGUGUCUGGUCGUCAAGCAUCUGUUUCGAACAUCUUAGAUAUGCCUGGCCCUAUUGUUGCUACUAUUCCAGUGCGCAUAAGGCUAGAUGACCGGCAGACAGUGCAUGAAAUUCUGGAUAAUAUACAAUCGCAAGCUACCCAAAUGAUUGCAUAUGAGCAAUACGGCCUACAAAAUAUCGCAAAGAUUUCCCCCAAUAUCAAAGAUGCUAUCGACUUCUCAUCUCUUCUAGUCAUCCAACCAAGGUCUCACCUGAACUCAAACAAUGGCGAUGGCAAUAAUGACAACAUUCUAAUCCCGGCAAUGGAAGGCGAUGAAACUGAAGCAGACCUGUUGCAAGAUUACUUCACAUACCCCUUAGUCAUCCAAGGCAACUUAUUCGACGAUCACAUUGAUUUAACUUUUACCUAUGAUAGCACUAUCUUGUCCAAAGUUGAGCUUAACCGACUAGCAGGUCAAUUUGAGCAUACUGCUCAACAGCUUUUCGAUUCUAAUGAUGUCAAACUUGGAGAUCUCUCCUUGGCUGGUCCACAAGAUCUCCAACAGGCAAUUGCCUGGAAUACAGAAGACCCCGAAAUAAUUGAAGACUAUCUCCAUAAAUUAAUCGAACGGCACGCAAUUUCUACCCCUAACGCAAUUGCCAUCGACGCUUGGGAUGGAAAAUUAACCUACGCCCAGUUAGACCGGAUGGCUAAUCGCCUAGCUCACCACCUUGUUAAGGCAUUUGAUGUAAAGACUGGUGAUCUCAUACUUCUUUGCUUCGAAAAAUCCUUAUGGUAUAUUGUCUCAAUUAUCGCAAUUAAUAAGGCUGGUGCUGCAUGGGUUCCCCUUGAUCCUUCGCAUCCUAUGCAGAGACUGCAACAAGUUGUAAACCAGGCUAAAGCAAAGUUGUUUCUCACUUCACCUUUAUAUCACACGCUAGGUGAUGAGCUAUCAGAUACUGUCCUUGAAAUCAGUCAGGCCUUGGACGAUAUUCUUCUCAAGGUAGAGCCCAGUACUCUCGCUCCAGAUGUAGCUCUGUCUCCCCGCAAUGCUGCAUAUGUUCUCUUUACUUCUGGGAGUACUGGAACACCGAAGGGAUUUGUGAUAGAGCACAAGGCUGUCUGUACUAGCCAAACUGCUAUUACUAAUCGCCUUGGGCUUCACAGAGGUGUUAGGAUGUUGCAAUUUGCGUCAUAUGUCUUUGAUCUUUCCGUUGGCGAGAUUUGUUGCACGUUGAUUUGCGGGGCCUGCCUUGUCAUCCCGUCUGACGAGGUUCGCUUGAAUAACCUCGCUAAGUUUAUGCGUGAGAAAGAUAUUAACUGGGCAUGGUUUACACCAUCGUUUAUCCGAACCCUUGAACCUGCCGAUGUUCCGAAGUUAGAAUUAGUCCUCCUCUGUGGUGAGGCUUCUGAUAAGAAGAUAUUAGAGAUAUGGGUUGGCAAGGUUCAAUUAUUCAAUGGUUGGGGCCCGGCAGAAACCUGUGUAUUCAGCAGUUUACACGAAUGGAAGUCGGUAACUGAAAGCCCUCUUACAGUUGGCAAACCUGUUGCCUCCUUUAUCUGGAUCGUUGAUCCCAAGAAUCCCCAUCGGCUUGCUCCUGUGGGCACCGUUGGAGAAGCUGUUGUCCAGGGCCCUACACUGCUGCGAGAAUAUCUCGAUGAUCCUAUAAGAACGAAAGCUAGCAUUCUUGAAUCAUCCCCAAGAUGGGCUCCACGCUGCGAAUCACAACAUUGGAAUCGGUUUUACUUAACCGGCGAUUUUUGCUGUUAUAACCCUGACGGGACCAUUGAGUACCAUGGACGUAAGGAUACACAAAUCAAGAUUCGAGGGCUCCGUGUGGAACUGGGAGAAGUUGAGCAUCAAAUUCGUAACUUCUUAGGGGAGUCUGUUCAUGUUACCGUGGAUGUUCAUAAAUUUGAAUCAGGCUCGGUCUUGGUGGCAUACAUUGGAUAUUCCGAAGAGACAAUGGAUAAUCCUGAUGAGAUAUUUAUACCUCUCACCGACGAUCUCCAAAGAGAUUUUCAUGCUAUGGCUAGUCAACUUAGCAUUUUGUUGCCCCGUUACAUGGUGCCCACUUUGUUUAUCCCAUGCUCUCAGAUGCCUCACUUAACAUCUGGCAAACUUGAUAAAGGCCGGCUCCGCAGACUCACUUCUGCAUUAAAUCAACAGCAGCUUCAUUCGUAUGCUUUAGAAGACGCCCAGAAAGAGGCUCCCGAAACUGAGAUGGAAGUUCGCCUUCAAAAUAUUUGGGCCAGGAUUUUGGGUCUUCCUGCUCAUUCAAUCGGCCGCCGGGACAGCUUCCUACGCAUUGGCGGAGAUUCAAUCUCUGCUAUUCAACUGGUCGCUGCCUCUGGCGGGUCUGGAAUCUCUCUUUCAGUGAAAGAUGUCUUUGAUGACUCGCGACUUUGGAAAAUGGCAGAAUUGGCCUCACUCCGGCUCAAGUCGGACUGUGCCGGCGAGAUGAUCGCACCAUUCAGUCUGCUCAGUGCAACUCUUGAUCAGACGGCUGUUGCAACUAUUCUCCAUACACAAUAUGGCCUAACUAACGAUACCAUUCUAGAAGACGCCUACCCGUCCACUAAGCUUCAAGAGGGUCUUAUGGCCGUAUCUGCUAGACAACCGGGUUCGUACGUUGCAAAACAGGUUUAUCGCUUGGCUGAGCAUGUGGACAUCGAUGCUUUCAAGGCAGCCUGGGAGCGUACUAUUGAACUUUGUGGCAACUUGAGAACUCGCCUUAUCAUUGCUAGAGAUUUAAGCGUCCAAGUUGUUAUUAAAAACGAAGAAGCUCAGUGGGAGAUUUCCAAUACCACUGUGCAGGCCUACCUUUCUCAAAAGUUCAAUAUGGGAUACGGUGCUCGUUUACUCCGCUAUGCCAUCAUUCAUGAACCUUCAAGGGAAAGCUAUUUCGUUUUAAGCAUCCAUCAUGCCAUUUUUGAUGGCUGGACGCUACCUAUGAUCAUGGAAACACUAGAGGCUGCUUAUCGCGGAGUCGAAGCUCCGGUCCUCCGACCUUAUGUUGCAUUUGUGAAGCAUAUUCUGGACACCAAUGAAGUAGUUGCCUCUAAUUACUGGCGUGAUCAACUUCAGGAUGCAAAGCGCGCCUCGUUUCCACCCUUCUCGUCAUCUCAGUCAGCCCAGCCUGUUACUCGCGUUCUUGAAAAGCCUCUAAACUUUACUUACUCAACUCAAUCCGGUAUUACUAAGGCGUCUAUUCUGAGGGCUGCGUGGGCAAUUGUUCUAUCCAGGUAUUCCGACAGCGAUGACGUAACUUUCGGGGUCAACGUUUCUGGUCGUAAUGCUGCUGUUUCUGGAAUCGAGUCGAUGCCUGGACUAGUGGUAUCUACCGUCCCUGUUCGUGUACGACUAAAUCCUGAACAAACGGCCGCGGCAUUCCUUGAGGGCAUUCAGACCCAGUCAACUGACAUGAUACCAUAUGAGCAGUUUGGUUUGCAAGAUAUUUCUAAGCUUAGCCCUGAAGCUAAAGAUGCUUGCGAUUUUUCAUCCCUCAUGGUUAUUCAGCCCAUGUCUAGCAUCGUCGGCCAUGCAAAGUCUAUCCUUGUCUCCCCUGAGAUGGACAAUAAUGAUAUCGAGGAGAGAUUACAAAAUUACUUCUCUUAUCCUCUUGUCAUUCAAGCUCAUUUAUAUGAUGAUGCGGUCCACUUGUUGCUGAUCUACGAUGUUAACGUUCUUGCGGAGGCUCAACUCCAUGCCUUGGCAACCCAAUUUGAUUAUGUGGUUCAGCAAUUGCUUAGCCAAGAUACAGAGGCUAAGCUUAAGACUAUCACGACCGCAGGACCAUGGGAUCUACAGCAGGCUAUGAGCUAUAAUGUAAAAGAACCUGGCAUGGUUACUGCUUGUGUACAUGAGCUUAUUACCCAGCAAUCAGCCAGAGAUCCCCACCACGAAGCUAUCUACUCAAGUGAGGGCAUAGUAACUUAUGCUAACUUAGAUCGUCUCUCAAACCUCUUAGCACAUUACUUGCAUAGGCUUGGUGUGAGACCUGAAUCUAUUGUUCCCUUCUGCUUCGACAAGUCGCCGUGGGCUAUCGUUGCCAUGCUUGCUAUUCUAAAAGCUGGUGGCGCAUUUCUGCCCCUUGACCCAUUACAUCCACGAAACCGCCGUGAAGCUUUGGUUCAAGAAGUUGGAGCUGAAAUUAUGAUUGUCUCACCUUCGUCCUCUGUUCCUUGCGAGGGUCUGACUUCUAUAAUGGUAGAGUUCACAAUUGAAUUGCUUGAACAGCUUUCGUCAAGAUACGAUGCCUUUCAAGAGAUCUUACCCAAGGCUGAGCCUAGCAAUGCAGCUUACGUCCUAUUCACCUCUGGCUCCACUGGCAAACCAAAGGGCGUCUUAAUGGAGCACUCUGCGUUUGCUACCAGCACAUUAGGACACGGUGGCAUAUACAACCUCAGUCCAGCUUCUCGUGUCUUCCAAUUUUCAAAUUACAUCUUCGAUGGAAGCUUGGGUGAGAUUUUUACUACCCUUUCAUUCGGUGGUACAGUUUGCGUACCCUCUGAAGAUGAAAGACUCCAAAAAGCCCCUUCAUUUAUGCGAGAGGCCCGAGUAAAUACUGCGAUGUUAACGCCUUCGUUUGUUCGGACUUUCGCACCUGAACAAGUUCCGUCCUUGCGAUUGCUAGUCCUUGGUGGUGAACCUUCUUCCAAAGAUCUUCUCGAGACUUGGUGUGGCCGCCUCCGUCUUGUCAACGGUUACGGUCCAGCUGAAGCAUGUAAUUAUGCGACAACUCAUGACUUCAAGCCCACUGACUCUCCCCAUACAAUUGGGCGCGGUUUCAAUAGUGCUUGUUGGAUUGUUGAUCCAACUGAUUACAAUAAGCUGACUCCCAUUGGUUGCAUUGGAGAGCUGAUUAUCCAAGGAAACGCUCUUGCUCGUGGCUAUAUUAACGAUGCUGACCGCACUAAAAAUUCUUUCAUCACCAAUGUCGACUGCUUGCCCAAAUCUAUAAUUUCUGGUCCCCACAGGUUUUACUUGACUGGUGACCUUGUUCGGUAUACCCCCGACGGGCAAUUAGAGUAUCUUGGUAGAAAGGAUACGCAAGUCAAGCUCCGCGGACAACGUCUUGAGCUUGGAGAAAUUGAGUAUCAUGUCAAAAAAUCAUUGGCUAACAUUGAACAUGUCGCCGUUGAUGUAGCUCAUCGCGAGACUGGUGAUACGCUCAUCGCCUUUGUCUCGUUCAAGGAAAAGAUGGCUACUACUUCUGGUAAUAUCCUUUUGCUCAAUGAUGACCUACGCGUAGCUUUGGCUACUAUUAUGGAGCAUUUGAAGAUGUCACUUCCGGGCUACAUGGUGCCUAGCACUAUCCUACCUGUCAGGGAGAUGCCAUUUAUUACUUCAAUGAAAGUUGACCGGAAGAAGUUAACUGCCAUGGCCGCUGCUUUGUCAUUGGAAGAGAUCACCUCGUUCUCUCUGGUGAAGCGUGACUACAUCGCGCCCAGUACUCCCAUGGAGAAGAAUUUGGCGAAUCUAUGGGCUCAGGUGCUUAAAAUCAGCUCUGAGGAUAUUGGAAAGAACGACAGUUUCCUUCAGAUUGGCGGUGAUUCCAUCAGUUCAAUUCAUCUAGUCUCACUUGCGCAACAGUCUGGCAUUAGUCUGACUGUAGCAAGCAUUUUUGCUGACUCAAAGCUAUCCACCAUGGCUUUAUCAGCUGGAGAUGGCAAAAUAGAGCCGAUCCGUGAUGUCGAGCCAUUCUCUAUGGCGCCUACGAGGGAUUUGGAUACUCUUCUAGAAGAUGUUCGUGCCAAGUGUGGGCUAUCCAGCACUGCCAUUGUUGAAGAUAUUUAUCCGGUGACAAGGUUUCAAGAAGGUCUUAUGGCUUUGGCUGUUAAGCAACCAGGUUCUCAUAUAGCCAAGCAAGUCUAUCGACUCUCUCAAAAUGUUGACAUUGCUCGUUUCAAAGCCGCCUGGAUGACCACCAUGGAACUAUGCAGCAACCUUCGCACUCGAAUUGUCCUUUCCGACGAUGCCUCUAUUCAGGUUGUCUUGAAAAAUGUGGACCGUUGGGAAGACACUUCCAAUAUGACACUCAAGUCGUAUCUCGAGACUAACCAAAAUUCUCAUAUGAUCUAUGGGUCUGCAUUAAGUCGUCAUGCUCUUAUUGAGGAAGCUGAUGGCAACCACUACUUCGUAUGGUCUAUUCACCACGCUGUGUUCGAUGGCUGGACGACUCGCCUGAUCCUGAACACCUUAUUCUCUGCCUACAUGGGUGAUGAAAUUACACCCUUAAAUCCCUAUACUCGCUUUAUCAACUACACUAGAAGUCUUGAUGCUGAUGCUGCGAAGAUCUACUGGGGCGAGCAGUUAUUAGAUGCUAAGCGAGCACUAUUUCCUACAAUUUCUAAUGGCGUCCCUCGCAAUAAGAAAUCCAACACUCGUGUGUUUGAGAAAGCUAUUGAGCUGCCCCGGUUUAAACAAACUUCGAUCACCAUGGCUUCAAUUCUGCGUGCCACAUGGUCGAUUGUCCUCGCACAACACUGUGAUACCAAUGAUGUAACUUUUGGCACUGCAAUUUCUGGUAGACAGGCUCCAGUUCCUGGUAUAACCGAAAUGGCCGGCCCAGUUGUCGCUACUGUCCCAGUACGCGUUCGACUUGAUAAGCUGGCUUCAGUUUCGAAGUUUCUUCAGAGUAUCCAGAAUCAAGCUUCUGAAAUGAUUCCUUUUGAACAAUUUGGUUUGCAAAAUAUCGCCAAAUUGAACGUUGAAGCUAAAGAAGCUUGUGAUUUUUCAUCACUUUUAGUCAUUCAGCCCAUGAAGAAGCUACUUGAUUCCGGCAACCGCAAACCCAUACUAGAGCACAUGAGUGCGACUACAGAGGACUCAGAAGAUCACAUGCAAAACUACUUCUCUUAUCCUCUUGUUAUUCAAGGCCAUGUGUACGAAGACUCGGUUAACUUGGUCCUAAUUUAUGACGCAGAUAUCUUGCCUGAACAACAGCUGCUCGCUGUAGCUCAUCAAUUUGAACAUGUCGCACAGCAGCUUGUUGCAGAAGAUAGCGGCACCAUGCCUCUCGGAAAUGUGUCUGUGUCAGGUUCUUGGGAUAUUGAGUAUGCCUUACGUCAGAACAACGAGAUACCUAGGCUCAUUGAGUCUUGCUUCCACACUGUCAUCGAGCAGCAAACAAUUAUUCGACCGGAAUCCCCUGCUGUCCACGGCUGGGAUGGUAAUUUCACAUAUGGUCAACUUGAUCAGGCUGCCAACAGGUUGGCAAACCACCUUAUUGCAGAUUAUGAAAUCAAGAAUGACGAGCUUAUCCACGUUUGCUUUGAGAAGUCAUCUUGGUUUGUGGUUGCUAUUCUGGCCAUCAAUAAAGCCGGCGGUGCUUGGGUUCCUUUAGAUCCUUCCCAUCCAACUCAGCGUCAUCAACAGAUUGUUGAUCAAACCAAAGCUCGGCUUGCUCUUGUCUCGCCCUCUAACAUUUCAACUUGCAUCGAUCUUGUGGAACAUGUGGUAGAAGUUUCGCCUGUUACGGAUGAGAUCCUAAGCAAGACAGAGUCAUCUCACCGUGGCCCAGAUCGUGAGAUUUCUCCAUCUAACGCCGCCUACGUGCUCUUUACCUCGGGUUCCACUGGUACUCCAAAAGGGCUCGUAAUGGAGCAUAGAAGCGUUUGCACUUCACUAACGGCUAUUACAAAGCGUCUCAAAAUUAGGCCGAGUGCCAGGACACUACAGUUUGCUGCUCAUGUAUUUGACUGCGCAGUUGGUGAAAUUAUUUCUAGCCUUUUUACCGGUGGGUGCUUGUUUGUCCCGUCAGACCAUGAUAGGAUGAACGCGCUCCCUGAAUUUAUUCGACAAAAUAAGAUCAACUAUAUGUGGUCUACACCUUCAUUUAUUCGAACGCUUAGCCCCAUGGAUGUGCCAAGCCUUGAAUUAGUGGUGCUGGUCGGUGAAGCUGUUACUAGAGACAUCAUGGAUACUUGGUUUGGGAAAGUCCGUCUGAUUAAUGGAUGGGGACCAGCUGAGACCUGUGUGGUUUCUACUAUUCAUGAAUGGCAGUCAAUUGAUGAGUCGCCUCUUACAAUUGGUAGAUCUGUGGGUGGUUUCUGUUGGAUUGUCGAUCCAGAGGACCCCCAGAAGAUCGCACCCGUCGGAGCCUUAGGCGAAAUCGUUAUCCAAGGACCAACAAUAUUACGAGAAUACCUGGCUGACCCAGUUCGGACCUCAGGUAGCACCGUCUAUAAUCUUCCCAACUGGGCCCCGAAUCGUAGGGAUAAGUAUUGGAACCGAUUUUAUAAAUCUGGUGACCUUGGUUUAUAUAAUGCCGACGGAACUAUUCAGUUUGCAAGUCGCAAAGACACGCAAAUCAAGAUCCGUGGCCUGCGUGUAGAAUUAAGCGAAGUUGAGCAUCAUGUCAAGACUGCCCUGAGCGGCGUCCGUCAGGUUGCUGUCGAUGUUGUUAGGUCCAGCGCUGGUGCCAGUUUGGCCGCAUACUUUUGCUUUGGCGAUGAAACAAGGAUUACUGGUACUCGUGAGGGCUUUGACGAAUGCGAUCCGUUUAUUGAGAUGAACGAUGGCAUGCAGGAACGUCUAACUGCCGUGAUCAGCCAACUGAACAUCUCAUUGCCUCGAUAUAUGGUUCCAACAUUCUUUAUCCCUUGCCAGUAUAUGCCUUCUAUUACCUCUAGGAAGUUGGAUCGGAACUAUCUCAGACGACGAACUGCUGCCCUCAGCCAAGAACAACUCGUCACAUAUUCUCUUCAAGGGGGGAAGAAACGUUCACCGGAAACAGUAAUAGAAAAGGAUCUUCAAGCCAUCUGGUCUCGGAUAUUAUGUAUUCCGUCCGAAAAUAUCGGUCUUGAUGAUAGCUUUUUGGGCUUGGGAGGUGAUUCAAUUACCGCUAUCCAUCUAGUCACGAUGUCCCGAGAGCAGGGCAUAUCGUUGACAGCUCAGGAUAUUUUUGAUGACCCGCGGCUAUUUGCUGUCGCUGCACGUGCAAAGAAGGCGGGUGUAGAGGAACAGGGCUCUCUUGAAAUCCCACCCUUCUCUCUUCUCAGCAAGAGAUCACAAGAAUUGGUCAUAACCGAUGGCGUUCGCGCCCAGUGUGACCUCUCUUCUGAAACUAUUAUGGAUGCCUAUCCAUGUACUGCUCUGCAGGAGGGCCUCAUGGCGUUAUCUGUUAAGCAACCCGGCUCGUACAUUGCUAAAUACGUCUAUCGUAUUCCCAGCAACGUGGAUAUUCGUCGCUUCAAAGCUGCUUGGGAGCAGACAAUUGCCCUUUGCGACAAUCUUCGAACUCGUAUCGUCCUUGUCGACGGUCGAGCCACGCAGAUUGUCCUUGAGGAGCCCAUUGCUUGGACCGUCAGCCAUGAUUUAAACACCGCGGUUUCAGAAAUGAGAUCAGUCAAGAUGACCUACGGUUCUCCACUCUCUCAGUUUGCCUGUAUUGAGCAGAACAAUGGCGAUUUAUUUUUCCUGUGGUCUAUCCACCAUGCCAUAUUCGACGGCUGGACAGUCCCAAUCUUGAUGAACACAUUGCAUGCCUUCUACCGUGGCAUAGUGCCAACCCCACCUGCAUCUUACGCUCGGUUUGUCAAGUUUGCUAUGAGCGUUGACAAUGAGGAUACUGUGAAGUAUUGGAAAGAUCAAUUAGAUAACGCAAAGAAAGCCACGUUCCCUCCAGCUGCAUCCUCUCAGUCAAACUCCGUGAGCGUUCUGGAGAAAUCCAUUACCUGCUCUCAGACUGCUGGCUCUUCUAUUACGAAGGCCACUAUUUUACGAGCGGCCUGGGCUCUUGUACUUUCCCGAUACUCCGAAAGUGACGAUGUGACAUUCGGUGCUACGAUCUCAGGCCGCCAAGCUCCUGUAGAUGGAAUCACUAAUAUGGCUGGCCCUGCUGUCGCUACUGUUCCUGUUAGAGUCUGUAUAGAUAAGAAGCAGACCGUAGCUGCCUUUCUAGACAGCGUUCAGAGCCAAGCCUUAGAUAUGAUAUCUUACGAGCAGUAUGGUCUCCAGAAUAUCUCAAAAAUUAGUUCACAUGCUAUGGAAGCUUGCGAUUUCGGCUCAUUGUUGAUUAUACAGCCAAUCGAACAAUUGGCAUACCGCGGCGAUGAUGCUCUCUUAGUUGCAGCUGAAUCGCAUAUCACUAAUGAAACAAGCGCUUUGCAAAAUUACUUUUCUUACCCGCUUGUUAUUCAAUGUCACUUAUAUGACAACACCAUCAACCUCAUGCUGAUAUAUGAUUCUCAAGCCCUUUCGGAAAGCAGGAUGGAGGCCCUAUCUCACCAUUUCGAUAAUGCUGUUCAAGAGCUUGCCAGUAAGGACAACUUGCUUCUUGGCAGCAUAUCGCUAGCAGGUAGAUGGGACUUUGAACAGGCAUUAAAACUCAACAGCGAUUCCCCAGACGCUGUUGAGCGUUGCUUCCAUGAAAUGCUUGAUGAAAUUGCUUUAGUUCGAGGUGACUCUCUGGCUAUUUCUGGAUGGGACAAAUCAUUUACCUAUAGAGAAAUGGCCGAGACUACUAACCGUAUUGCACACCAUCUUGUGACUGACUAUGGAGUCAAGGUUGGAGAUAUCAUUCAUGUAUGCUUCGAGAAAUCGGCUUGGUUCAUCAUCGCUACCCUGGCUAUCAAUAAAGCUGGCGCAGCUUGGUCAACUCUUGACCCAUCGCACCCAACUGAGCGUUAUCAGAAAAUUAUCAAUCAAACUGGUUCCCAGAUAGCACUUAGUUCGCCUGUUAAUUCCAACAGAUGUGCUAGUCUGUUACCGAACGUUAUUGAGCUGACGUCUGAGCUCGACUCCAAAUUGGCUCAAAAUGUUGAAUGGAGCACCAGUAGACCGGCCGUCAAUGUUACUCCUAGAGAUGCUGCUUAUGUCUUAUUUACUUCCGGGUCUACAGGUGUACCAAAAGGUGUUGUCAUCGAGCAUGGUUCGCUUUGCACCAGCCAAAUAUCUCUGUCAAAGGCUCUUGACUUCAAUGAAGAGUUCAGAGUUCUUCAGUUCUCGUCUUACUCAUUUGAUAUCAUCUUAUUUGAGAUUGGUUCUACCUUCCUUACCGGUGCUUGUUUAUUCGUGCCCUCAUGGGAUGAGCAGAUGAACGAGCUGGUGGAAUAUAUCCGAAAGCAUCAGCUCACGUUCAUGGUGCUGACGCCGACCCUGGCUCGAACUAUCCGCCCCGAAGAUGUUCCUUCCGUCGAUAUGUUAGUGGUUGCUGGAGAAGCUCCUACUCGCGAUAUCCUCGAUAUUUGGUUUGGGAAACUGAGACUUGCUAACGGUUGGGGCCCAACCGAAUGCUCUGUUAUCGCAUGUCUUCACCAGUGGACCUCUGUUGAUGAAUCACCCAAGGUUAUUGGUCGACCAAUUGGUGGCUCAUGUUGGAUUGUUGAUCCGGAAGAUGCCACAUGCAUGGCUCCCUUGGGAACUGUUGGUGAAAUUGUAAUACAGGGUCGAAAUUUGCUUCGCGAAUAUCUCUCUGAUCCUGUCAAAACGGCUACCGCUACAAUUACGGGCCUUCCACAGUGGGUUCCAAAGCGUGAUUCCAUUCAUUGGGAUCGCUUUUAUCUUACUGGUGAUUUGGGAUUCAUCAAUGAAGCCGGUAACUUAGAAUACUGUACUCGCAAAGACACUCAAGUGAAGAUUCGAGGACAACGUCUUGAGCUUGGAGAGAUUGAGCACCACAUUCAAGCUAACCUUGAAAGUGUUCGACAAGUAGCUGUCGAUGUUAUCAAGUCUGACGCUGGCUCAACGCUCGUUGCAUUCGUGAGCUUUUCUGAUGCCACAGAUCAAACCGUCACUGACACGAGAGUCAUUGCAAAUGGCCCCUUCUCAACACUUGAUGGAGAUUUCCAAGCUACAAUUAGUCGACUGAUAGGGAUAUUGAGUACUCUCAUGCCUCGAUACAUGGUCCCCAGUGCUUUCAUUCCCUGCGCCUACAUGCCUCUCGCAACGUCAACUAAAUUAGAUCGCAAGAAGCUGAGAGAACUUGCCGCUUCUCUUAGUCAAGAAGAUAUGGCAGCCUACUCGCUCGCGAACGAAGAGAAAGUCGCUCCACAAACUGCCAUGGAGAGCCGUAUUCAGAAGAUAUGGGCGCAGGUACUGAAUAUUAGUAUCGACUCAAUAGGACGCGACGACUCUUUCCUCCAGAUCGGCGGUGAUUCUGUUGUUUCCAUUCGGCUUGUUUCUGUUGCUCGAGAUGCCAACAUUAGACUCACCGUCGGAGACAUCUUUGACGAUCCACGGCUGUUAGCUGUCGCUGCUAAAGCAACUGAGAUUGGCGAAGACGGUGAGUUAAUGACUCAGAUUGAACCUUUUGUUCUUCUAGACGGCUCUGUCAAAAAUAUCGUUCUCAGCCAGAAUAUCCGAGAACAGUACAGCCUUCCAGCUGAUAAAGAGCUAGAAGAUGCGUAUCCAUGUACAAAACUCCAGGAGGGUCUCAUGGCUCUUGCUGUUAAGCAGCCUGGAUCGUACAUUGCUAAAUUCCUCUAUCGUAUUUCUCCCAAUGUCGACGUCUCACACCUGAGGGCUUCUUGGGAAGAAACUGUCCGCCUUCUGCCUAACCUUCGUACCAGGAUCUUCACCGUCAAUAACAUGUCCGUCCAGGCUGUCUUCAAAGAUGAUGUAUCCUGGCAAUCGACAAGUGGAACCUCUUUGCGUUCUUAUAUGUGCUCGACUGAAAAUUUCGAGAUGGCUUAUGGCUCACCGUUGGCUCGAUAUGCUCUCAUUGAGGAUGGCGGUCACACUUAUUUUAUAUUGUCCAUGCAUCACGCCGUUUUUGACGGCUGGGGCAUGAGGGUUCUCAUGGCAGUUUUCCACUCUAUUUUCCACAAUCGAACUCAUACGGUUGUAGAACCUUAUGUACGAUUUGUGAAGUACACUUUGGCUAUUGACAGCGAUGCUGCAGCAGACUACUGGAGGUCCCAGUUCGAAGGUGCAAGACAAAGCAUCUUUCCCCCCACCUUAUCAUCUGUACACGAGAAGAAGAGAAACAGCACACUCACCCUAGAGAAAGUGAUUGACUUGCCUAGCACAAGCAAGUCAUCGAUCACAACAGCUACUAUGCUUCGAGCUGCCUGGGCAAUUAUUUUAGCUAGGUACUGUGAUUCUGAUGAUAUUACUUUCGGUGCCACUAUUUCUGGUCGACAGGCGCCGGUCCCUGGCCUUGUAGAUAUGACUGGGCCUGCUAUUGCAACGGUCCCCGUACGUGUUGUCAUUAACCGCAACCAACUCAUCUCAGACUAUCUACAGGCUAUUCAAAGGCAGGCAAACGACAUGAUCCCCUUUGAACAGUUUGGUUUACAAAAUAUUUCUAAACUCAGCGAUGAUGCCAAGGAUGCCUGCGAUUUCAGCAGUCUACUUGUCAUUCAACCUAUUCAAUCACUAUCCUACGUGGAUGAAAAUGCCGAUGCCAUCUUUGUCCAAGCCGAAGUUGAAAAGGAGAUUGGCGAUACUGUCCAGAAUUAUUUCAGCUAUCCACUAGUUAUUCAAGGACACGUGCAUGAAAAUUUCAUCAACCUUGUUCUGAUUUAUGAUUCAAAUGUGCUCUCAGAGAAUCAGAUAACUGCUUUAUCCCACCAAUUCGAAAGCGUCAUGAAGCAACUCGCAUCUCAGUCCGAUAUGAAGUUAGGCUCUGUUUCUAUGGCUAGCGAUUGGGACCUUGAACAUUCAAUGAGACAGAAUCGCGAUAUUCCUGAUAUCGUCGACUCUUGCAUUCAUGAGUUAAUUCAAUACCAAGCUGUCACUCAGCCCGAUGCGCCCGCCAUUGUCAGUUGGGAUCGCGAUUUUACAUACAAGCAGCUUAACGAGGCGUCCAACAGGCUGGCUCAUCUCCUUGUCAACAAAUAUAACGUUAAGCCUGAUGACCUAAUCCCUGUGUUCUUUGAGAAGAAUGCUUGGUAUUUUGUCGCGAUUACUGCCAUUAAUAAGGCUGGUGCUGCUUGGGUUCCCUUGGAUCCCUCGCAUCCUGUACUACGUCUUCGUCAGAUCCUUUCCCAGACCGGGACUACUCUAGCUCUGUCGUCUUCAGCCAAUGCCGUAUUAUGCUCAACCCUUGUCAGAAAGGUGGUCGAAGUAAACGCUGAGCUUGACAACAAGCUCUUAGCAACAGAAUCUAGUGCUCAUGGCCCUGUGGUGGACGUCUCUUCGCGUAACGCCGCUUAUGUGUUGUUUACGUCUGGCAGCACAGGCAUUCCGAAGGGUCUUAUUAUGGAACAUGGCUCUGUCUGCACGUCACAGGUUGCUAUCGCCAAGAGGCUCGGAUUAAAUUCAAAAGUUCGAAUAUUGCAAUUCGCAGCCUUUGUUUUUGAUUUAUCAAUUGGGGAGAUUGUUGGCCCUUUAAUUUCUGGUGCAUGUAUCUGCGUUCCGUCAGAGCAUAUUCGUAUGAAUAGUAUCGCCAAUUUCAUCAACAGGCAGGGCAUAACCUGGACUUACUUAACACCAUCAUUUGUUCGUACGAUUAAGCCAUCUGAGGUCCCCAACCUUAAGCUUUUACUACUUGCUGGUGAAGCUGUUCCUCGAGAUAUCUUUGCGACUUGGUUCGGUAAGCUGCGUCUAAUCAAUGGUUGGGGCCCUGCCGAAACUUGCUGCUUCAGUACAUUACAUGAAUGGCAAUCUGCGGACGAGAGUCCCCUUACUGUAGGCCGUCCUGUGGGUGGAUUCUGCUGGAUCGUCGACCCAGAGAACCCGCAUCGACUUGCGCCAACCGGUGCAUUGGGCGAGGUUAUAAUUCAAGGACCUACAAUUCUACGCGAGUAUUUAUCGGACGUCGACCGUACCGAAGCUGCCGUUAUUAAAUCACUGCCAGACUGGGCACCGUUUCGCGAGCAAUCUAGUUGGAGUCGCUUUUACAAAUCCGGAGAUCUUUGCGUGUAUAAUCCCGACGGAACUAUUGAAUUUUCCAGCCGGAAGGAUACUCAAGUCAAAAUUCGUGGUUUGAGAGUUGAAUUAGGCGAAGUUGAACACGCUGUUCAGGUCGCUUUGGAUGGUGUUCAUCAAAUCGCUGUUGAUGUCUUUAAGGGUGAUAAUGGUACCAACCUCGUGGCCUACUUCUCAUUUAGUGAUGAAAGUCGCCAAAUCCAUGAAGCUCAUCCAUCUGGACCUUUCCAAGCCAUCGAUGAGAAGUUGCAGGCUCGUCUAACAGUCGCUAUUGGGAAGCUAAAUAUAGCUCUACCUAGGUACAUGAUUCCGACUCUGUUUAUCCCUUGCAAGUACAUGCCUUCUAUCACGUCUACCAAACUCGAUAGGAACGAGCUUCGACGUCGCACUUUGCUCCUUACUCAAUCCGAACUGGCUAUGUUUUCAUUACUAGGUGGUAAUAAGAGGACUCCCGAGACGCCAAUGGAGAGUCUUAUUCAGCGGAUCUGGUCGGAAAUUCUUCACAUACCACUUGAUUCUAUUGGCCGUGAUGAUAGCUUCUUAGGACUUGGGGGUGAUUCAAUUACUGCAAUCCAUCUAGUGAGCAUUUCACGAGAUCAAGGUAUCUCUAUUACUGCAAAGGACGUCUUUGAUGACCCACGUCUGUUGGCUAUUGCCAGUAAGGCUAGGGAACUCGACACCGAGGCCCAACAACAGUCUCCUGAUAUAUCGCCAUUUAGCCUCCUCAUUGGUGAGACUCGUGAGCUCGCUGCCGGUUCCAGUGUCAAGAAGCAGCUGAAGUUGCUCACAAGUCAGACUAUUGAGGAUGCCUACCCAUGCACUAAACUCCAAGAAGGUUUUAUGGCCUUGUCUGUUAGUCAACCAGGAUCCUAUAUUGCGAGAUACGUAUACCGCCUACCCCACCAAGUUGAUAUUGGUCGCUUUAAGUCUUCUUGGGAACACACCGUUGCCCUGCAUCCUAUUCUACGAACAAGGAUUAUCAUGAUUAAGGAUACUUGUGUUCAGUUGGUAGUCAAGGAUAGUGUUACUUGGGAGAAUCUCGAUUCUGGAGAUCUAGAUGAAGCUGUCAACGCCACCCACUCUUACAGCAUGACGUAUGGUUCACCUCUCUCUAGAUACUCCAUCCAUGAGUCUAAGUCUGGUGACAAGUACUUCUUGUGGACAGCCCAUCACUCUAUACACGAUGGUUGGUCAGUACCUGUGAUUUUUAAUACACUCUAUCAAGCCUACAAAGGCCUUGAAUUGGGAAAACCAAAGGCUUAUUCCGGCUUCAUCAAAUACACUAUGGAACAUGAACAAAAGGCUGCUGGGGACUAUUGGAGAGAACAGCUUCAAAAUGCAAAGAGGGCUAGCUUCCCAAAGACUGGUCUCGCUGCGAAGUCUAUAUGGACUGGGAGGAAGACUCGUGUCAUGUCUACCUCUCUCAAAUUUUCUGCAUCUUCUAACGAGAUCGCCACCAAGGCCAGCGUUAUUAGAGCUGCCUGGGCAGUUAUUCUUGCGAGGUAUUGCGAAAGUGAUGAUGUCUGCUUCGGCGCUACUAUCUCUGGUAGACAGGCUUCUGUGCCUGGCCUCUUGGAAAUGGCUGGCCCAGCGGUUGCAACUGUUCCAGUUCGAGUGCAGCUUGAUAAUGAUCAAGAAAUUUCUAAAUUUUUGCAGAAUAUCCAAAGCCAGGCUCAUGAGAUGGUGCCGUAUGAGCAAUAUGGUCUCCAGAGCAUUGCCAAACUAGGCAAUGAUGCGAGAGAUGCGUGUGAUUUUACAUCGCUCUUAGUAAUCCAGCCUAUUCAGCGACAGGAAUUCAGUGUGCAGUCUGACGAUGCCCUUUUGAUCCCUGUUGAGACAGAACUUGAGGAUAUUCUUCAGAGCUACUACAACUACCCCCUAGUCCUUCAAGGCCACAUCUAUAACGACUAUGCUGACCUCGUGUUGGUUUAUGACUCAACUGUUGUUUCUGAACCACAGAUGACUGCUCUUUGUCAUCAUUUUAACAACAUUGUACAGCAGCUGCUAGCAGCAGAGGAUGGUGGUAAACUGGGAGAUAUAUCAAUUGCUAGUUCAUUUGAUCUGGAGCUUGCGCAACGGUCUAAUGGCGACGGACCUCAGAUCAUUGACGACUGUAUUCACCUUAUCAUUGAGAGACAGGCUAAACAGAGGCCGAAUAGGCCUGCUAUCGACGCCUGGGACGGAAAAUUCACCUACAGUGAACUGGACCGCACUGCUAAUAGACUUGCCCACCUUCUUGUUCAUGACUAUGCCGUCAAGGUUGGCGACAUUGUGCAUGUUUGCUUUGAGAAGUCUAAGUGGUAUUUUGUAGCUAUUCUGGCAGUCAAUAAGGCUGGUGCUGCAUGGGCUCCGUUUGAUCCUGCGCACCCUCCUCAGCGUCUCAAAGCUGUUGCUAGUCAAACUGGUGCUAAACUGGCGCUUGCUUCGACUGCCAACACAAGACUGUGUGAACAGGUCGUGGACUGCGUGGUCGAGGUUUCAUCUACACUCGACAAAAAUCUUUGGACUACAUAUGACAAUAUCGAAAAAGGACCUGAUAUUAACGUCACUCCUAUGGAUGCUGCCUACAUUCUGUUCACAUCUGGCUCCACCGGCGUGCCCAAAGGUAUUGUGAUGCAACAUGGAGCACUUUGCACAAAUCAAGCAGCGCUAAGCGGGUGGCUGGGUUUUGACCACACCGUUAGGAUGUUGCAAUUCUCAUCUUUUGUUUUUGAUGUGUCAGUCGGCGAAAUCGUGCAGGCCCUGAUGAACGGCGCUUGUGUCUGUGUCCCAUCAGAGCACAUGCGUCUCAAUAGUCUCGAUAGCUUUGUCCGUGAUUUCAACGUCACAUGGGCAUAUCUGACUCCAUCAUUCACACGUACCUUGAAACCCAAAGAUUUUCCUAGCCUUAAGCUGCUACUUCUUGCUGGUGAACCUACAACUCAAGAUGUGCUCGAUACUUGGUUUGGUCUUCCCAACACGCGAUUUAUUAAUGCUUGGGGUCCUGCAGAGACAUGUGUUUAUAACACCCUAUACGAAUGGCAGUCAAAUACAGAAUCCCCUUUGAAACUUGGUCGGGCGGUUGGCGCGUACAUCUGGGUUGUUGAUGUUGAGAAUCCUCAACGGCUUGCACCUACUGGCUGCUUGGGCGAAAUUAUUGUCCAAGGUCCUCCGCUACUCAAGGAAUAUCUUGCUGAUCCUGAGAAAACAGCAGCUGCUACAGUCACUGAGCUUCCAGAAUGGGCUCCUAGACGCCAAUCUACCACAUGGAACCGCUUCUACAGGACGGGUGACCUUGGUUUCUACGACCAUGACGGAAUGCUUCAUUUUGCUAGUCGAAAAGACACACAGGUCAAGAUUCGUGGGCUACGUGUGGAGUUAGGUGAAGUUGAACACCGCAUCCAAGGCUCCCUGGAUGGUGUUCGUCAGGUCGCUGUUGACGUUUUCAAGACCGAGAAAGGAGCUAACUUGGUUGCCUACCUCUGCUUUACUAGUGACACUAAGACGCCAGAUCAGAACACAGAUUUCGAAGGCAAAGAUGUAUUUGCAUCUAUUGAUACCGAACUGCAGAUUAAUCUUGGCAAAAUGCUUACAGAGCUGAACUCCUCACUUCCAACAUAUAUGAUCCCCACUAUGUUUAUUCCUUGCGCAUAUAUGCCUUUCAUCACCUCUUCUAAAUUGGACCGUGUUAAGCUUCGUCGCCUAACAGCCGAGCUUAGUCAAGACCAAUUGGAAGCUUAUUCCUUACUCGUUAACGAGAAACAAGCACCUGAAACUGAGAUGGAAAUUCGUCUCCAGAAGCUCUGGGCAGAGGUUCUAGAUUUACCAGAGGCCUCAAUUGGCCGACACGAUAACUUUAUGCGCAUUGGCGGUGAUUCAAUUGCAGCUAUUCGGCUUGUGUCAAUGGCCCGCGAUGCCGGAAUUAGUCUUACGGUGAAUGACAUCUUUGAUGAUGCUCGUUUGAUUUCAGUUGCUACCAAAGCUAUUGACAAUGAUGAAGAUAGUCAUCUCAUGGCACCAAUUGAACCAUUCAGCCUUCUAACUUCUGGUAUUGAAGAUUUUGCUCUACCAUCUGAGCUUUCUGAUGGUCAAUUCAUCGAAGAUGCUUAUCCCUGUAGCAAGCUUCAAGAAGGUCUGAUGGCUCUGGCCAUAAAACAACCCGGCUCUUACAUCGCAAAAUAUAUCUACAAACUCUCUGAACAUGUUGACGUUGACAAGUUCAAGGCAGCUUGGGAGAGCACAGUUGAAAUAGCUAGUGCCUUACGUACCCGAAUUAUCCAAACUGGCGGUUGUUCUAUACAGGUUGUCAUCAAUGGGGAUAUUUCUUGGGACGAAGCCGACGGUGAUCUGCAGUCAUGCCUUGCUCAAUCUCAGACUCUUGAGAUGGGAUAUGGUACUCGACUUUGCAGGUACACCUUGAUUCGACGUGAUAACGAUACAUACUUCCUGUGGAAUAUGCACCAUGCUGUGAUCGAUGGGCUAUCAACGCAGAACAUCUUGGGCACGUUAUUCAAUAUCUACAGCGGUGUCGAUGUUUUGCCUCUGCCACCAUAUAAUCGGUUUAUACAGUAUAUGCUUCAACUUGAAGAGGACACUACAGCCAAUUACUGGAAAAAUCAGCUCCACAAUGCCCAAAGAACCAUUUUCCCGCCCAAUGAUGUGGCUCGUGACAAGCCUGCUGCUACUCAAAUGCUGCAAUCAUCUAUUGAGCUCCCUCAUGGCCUGGACAACUCAACAGUCACAAUAGCUACAGUCAUUCGCGCCGCUUGGGCUAUCGUUCUUGCUAGAUACUGUGAUUCUGAUGACGUGACGUUUGGUACCACUAUUUCGGGUCGGCAGGCACCCAUCCCUGAGAUCAUGGGAAUGGUCGGGCCUACAAUUGCCACAGUGCCAGUUCGUGUGCUUAUUAACCGUCAACAGCUUAUCUCUGAUUUCCUCGAAGGAGUCCAGAGACAGGCUGUGGAGAUGAUCGCCUUUGAGCAGUACGGCCUUCAAAAUAUCGCUAAAUUAGGUGACGAUGCACGAGAUGCAUGUGACUUUAGCAGCCUUCUUGUUGUCCAGCCUAUUCAACAUCUUGCUGGUAAGACCAAAGAUGAUUCUAUCCUGGUUGAUGCUAGUAUUGGGGAAGAUAAUGCUGUUGAAGCCAUUCAAAACUACUUCUCUUAUCCCCUUGUUAUCCAGGCUCACUUAUAUGAUGAUCAUAUAAGCUUCAUACUUAUUUAUGAUUCGAGCAUCAUGCUAGAGCCUCAAAUGGUUGCUUUAUCUUAUCAUCUACAACAUGUAAUGAUGCAGCUAACCACCAAUACGCCUGCCACUCUAGAGACAGUCUCAGUCUCAUCGUCAUAUGAUGUCGAGAGAGCUUUGGCAAUUAACGCAGAAAUUCCCGAGGUUAUCGAUACUUGCAUGCACGAGAUGUUUGAGAAUCGCGUACACCUAAACCCACUCGCACCAGCUGUUGCUGCCUGGGACGGUAAUUACACAUAUGCCGAGCUCAAUAGUGCAGCCAAUAAGCUUGCUCACUACUUAAUCAAAUCCUACAGCGUCAAGCUGAACGAUCUUGUCCAUGUUUGCUUUGACAAAUCAGCAUGGUACAUAGUGUCGAUAAUUGCAAUCAACAAAGCAGGUGCCACUUGGGUCCCAUUAGAUCCUUUCCACCCAGAGCAACGAUUACGAUCAAUUGUCAAUCAGACUAAGUCCACGCUGGCUUUGGCGUCACCAGGCAAUAUAACACUCUGUUCUGCCUUGGUUGACAAUGUUGUCGAGGUAUCUUCAGCUCUCGAUAGUAUGCUUCCUGCACAAGACGGACUUGAAAGCCCCAAAGUCUCUGUGUCUUCACGAACUGCUGCAUACAUACUAUUUACCUCAGGCUCAACUGGCACACCCAAAGGCGUUGUGAUACAGCACCGCUCUUUAUGCACAAAUAUGAAUGCAAUUGCGAAGAGGGUCCGCUAUCAUUUAGAUGUGCGCAUUCUUCAAUUUUCCGCCUACGUAUUUGAUUUCUCUAUUCUUGAGAUUAUCAUGUCAUUGCUUCAAGGGGCUUGCGUUUGUGUUCCCUCGGAGCACAUACGGAUGAAUGGUAUAGUCGAUUUCAUCCGCGACAUGAACAUCAAUUGGCUCUACUUAACACCCUCCUUUUUACGCACAAUCAAUCCAAUCGAUGUUCCGAACGUAGAAUUGGUUUUUGCGGGAGGCGAAGCUAUACCGCGUGAUGUUUUCGAGACAUGGGUUGGUCGCGUUCGAUUCAUCAAUGGUUGGGGUCCUACAGAGACAACUGUCGUCGGCAGUAUUCAUGAAUUCGAAUCUGUUGACGAGUCACCGUCAACCAUCGGCCACCCUGUCGGUGGGUUCUGCUGGAUUGUCGAUCCAAACAACCCACAGCUUCUUGCACCAACCGGGACUCUUGGUGAAAUAGUCAUCCAAGGGCCAACUUUACUCCACGAGUACCUUGAUAACCCUGACAAAACUCAAGAAGCAAUUCUAUAUGACUUACCAGAAUGGGCGCCUCGCCCAGAUGAAAACAACUGGGGCCGAUUUUACAAGACUGGAGACUUGGGCUUCUAUAACGCUAACGGCAAGAUUGAGUUUUCAUCUCGUAAGGAUACGCAGGUUAAGAUUCGGGGUCUUCGUGUUGAACUCGGAGAGAUUGAAUAUCAAGUUCAAGCUUCAGUCGAAGAAAUACGCCAGAUUGCUGUAGACGUUAUCAAAACCGACAACGGCUCUAAUCUGGUUGCAUAUCUAUGUUUCAACGAUGAGAUCAGACAACUUCAUAAUGCUGAUGUUAAUGGACCAUUUUCUCCUCUCGAUACUAAUCUUCAAGAAACGCUAGCUGGCGCAAUAGGUAAAUUAAGUGUUACUCUUCCACGUUACAUGAUUCCUACCUUCUAUAUCCCAUGCAGUUAUAUGCCUAGCAUCACAUCUGGCAAGCUCGAUCGAAAGGAGCUGAAACGGCAAACAGCCGCUCUAAGCCAAUCUGAACUAAACAAAUUCUCGCUGCAUGGCGUCAGCAAACGUGCACCUGAGACUCCUAUGGAACUUCAAUUACAAAAUAUCUGGUCGAAGUUACUAUCUAUCCCAUCUGAGUCUAUUGGCCGCGAUGAUAGCUUCCUUGGGUUAGGAGGUGACUCAAUUAUGGCCAUCCAUCUUGUCACCGCGUGUCGUGAAGCCGGAGUUUCCCUCACAGUGAAGGAGAUUUUUGACGAUCCUCGUCUUUCCGCUGUUGCAUCUCAUGCCCGCUCCAUGGAUGCCAUUGAUCAAGAUCUGCCGGUUCUUCCAUUCAGUUUACUAUCUGACCGUCUCCGCGAGAUGGUUCUCAGUGAUGACACCCGAUUUCAGACUUCUUUACUUCCUAGUCAGGUUAUCGAAGAUGCUUACCCUUGUUCAAAGUUACAAGAAGGUCUGAUGGCUUUGUCUGUUAAGCAGCGCGGCUCUUAUGUCGCACAGUAUGUGUACAAGUUGUCGAGUGGCGUAGAUCUCGUUCGAUUCAAGGCUUCCUGGGAGCGAACUAUCCAGCUCUGCGCUAAUCUUCGGACCCGCAUCGUCAUGCUUGAUGGCACCUGCGUCCAAUUACUAGUCGAUGGACCUGCUGAAUGGGAUAACGCUUUUUCAACAGACCUACAGUGUACUCUCAACGCGACCCGUUCUGAGAUGACCUACGGUUCUCGUCUUAACCGUUAUGCCUUAGUUAGGGAUCCUGAGUUUGGCAACCAUUUCAUCUGGGUAUCGCACCACGCCGUCCAUGACGGUUGGACACUUCGAAUCAUCAUGAACACACUCUAUAGUCUAUACCUGGAUCAAGGGCUUCCUAAUCUUCUCCCAUACUCUGCCUUUAUCCGUUACACAGUCAAUAUUGAUAAAGAGGAGGCUAGCAGAUUCUGGACUGAGCAGAUGAAAAAUGCUAAGCGUGCAACAUAUCCUCCAAUGCCCCGCAUUGAGUCCCAUACUGGCGUCUCUCGGAUGAUGAAUAUGACGAUAUCUUUCCCUCCAUCCGUCAAAACUGUUAAUACAAAGGCUACAAUUCUUCGUGGUACUUGGGCGAUCCUUCUUGCUCGAUACUGUGAUACUGAUGAUAUCACAUUUGGAACCACUGUUUCCGGUCGACAGGCUCCUGUGCCCGGCCUAACCGGGGUGCCAGGUCCGGUCGUUGCAACAGUGCCAAUUCGUGUUCGCCUCGAGGCCAGCCAGACAGUAGCUCAGUUUUUGAGCAAUAUACAGUCACAAGCAACUGAUAUGAUUGCGUUUGAGCAAUUCGGUCUCCAGAACAUCAUUAAGUUGAGCACCGACGCUAGAGAUGCUUGUGAAUUUUCCUCACUUCUUGUCAUACAACCUCGAAGUCAUUUAGAUUUGAUCAAAGGCAAAGAAUCUUCUGAAUCUCUCUUAGUUGCAUCAGUUGAUGCCAGAAGCGGCGAGCAGUUGAUACAGAAUUACUUUACUUAUCCUCUCGUGAUUCAGGGGCAUAUUUUUGAGGACUCUAUUGAGCUUCUUCUCACAUACGACUCUACAAUCCUGUCAGAAGUUCAAAUGAAGGCACUCUCCCAUCAGUUUAACGUCGUCGCAAACCAACUAGUGAAUGAGUCUAAUGAUCCCCUUAGUUCUAUUACCAUCUCCGGCGAAUGGGAUCUUGAGCAGGCUAAGGAGUGGAAUGUUGAAAAUCCCGAAAUAUUGGAUACUUGUAUUCAUAGUCUUAUCGAAAAACAAGCACGAAUCAGACCAGACGCACCAGCUAUCUGCGCUUGGGAUGGUGAGAUGAACUACAGCCAGCUCAACAGCGCUGCUAAUCAGCUAGCUCAUCAUAUACUUAAGAUAGGUAUUAAGGCAGAUGAUCUGGUUCACGUCUGCUUUGAGAAGUCUGUCUGGUUCUUCGUUUCUAUUAUCGCAAUCAAUAAGGUUGGAGCCGCUUGGGUACCUCUUGAUCCAUCACACCCUGAACAACGCCUGCGUCAGGUUGUAGGCCAAACUUUGGCCAAAUUCGCACUUUCGUCUCCUACCAACGCAGCUCUCUGUAACAAACUGGUCCAUAACGUCAUUGAGGUCUCUCCUAGUCUUAUUGAUGAACUUUCGAAGUUUUGUGAUGGUUUUAAUAGUCCAGCUAUCAACGUACCAUCAAGCAACGCGGCCUAUGUUCUUUUCACCUCGGGCAGCACAGGAACACCCAAGGGCCUUGUAAUGCAGCACGGCGCUGUAUGCACAAGCCAAACUGCUAUUGCUAAGAGGCUAAGUCUCACACCUGACGUCAGAAUUCUUCAAUUUGCUGCGUACGUCUUCGAUCUUUCUAUUGGUGAAAUUGUAGCCCCCUUAAUCCACGGAGCCUGCGUCUGCGUGCCAUCGGAAGAGACAAGAAUGAACGGUUUAAAGGAAUUUAUCCGAGAUGCGAGGAUCAAUUGGGCGUAUCUAACGCCUUCUUUCGUUCGAACGUUAAGGCCCGAAGAUGUUCCUAGUCUUCAGCUGUUACUUCUGGCCGGCGAAGCUGUUGGAAGAGAUAUACUUGAUACAUGGUUUGGUAAGGUACGGCUGAUCAAUGGCUGGGGACCUGCCGAAACUUGUGUAUUCUCCACUUUGCACGAGUGGUCUUCUAUUGAUGAAUCACCAUUGACGAUCGGAAGACCUGUCGGAGGGUACUGUUGGAUCGUUGAAGCGGAAGAUUCGAAUAAGCUGACCCCAAUUGGCUGCUUGGGUGAAGUCGUUCUGCAAGGCCCAACACUGCUCCGUGAAUAUCUUGCUGAUCCACAGAGGAGUAAGGAGACUAUUAUUACUGAAUUGCCGCCAUGGGCACCGAAGCAAGUCUCUGAUGCUCAUCUUUGGAGCCGCUUUUACAAGUCAGGCGACCUGUGCUUCUAUAACCCGAACGGUACACUUGAGUUUUACAGCCGUAAGGAUACCCAAGUCAAGAUCCGUGGCCUUCGUGUAGAAUUAGGCGAAGUUGAACACCAUAUUCGCGAAUUACUUGAGGGCGUCAGACAGGUUGCUGUUGAUGUUUUGACAUCAGAAACAGGAACGCAGUUGGUUUCAUACAUCUGUUUUAAUGAUGACUCUCAGCCUAGCUCGCCAGAACUCAAAGCUAGCGACAUCUAUCUCCCUCUUGAUGCUGACAUUCAGGCUCGCAUUACUUCAAUGGUUGGCGAGCUUAGCGUGACUCUUCCGCGCUACAUGAUUCCCACUCUAUUUAUUCCCUGCAAAUAUAUGCCUUUUAUUACUUCCACAAAAUUAGACAGGAAGACACUGAAGUCGAUAACAGCCUCCCUUGGCAGAGAUGAACUUAUACACUAUUCGCUCAUCAAUAGUAAGAAGCGCGUCCCUGAAACCGAGAUGGAAACUCGCCUGCAGGCUAUAUGGAGCGAAAUUCUUAAUCUUCCCAUCGAUUCUAUUGGUCGUGAUGAUAGCUUCCUCCAGAUUGGCGGCGAUUCUAUUACUGCAAUAUAUUUAGUGUCAAAGGCGCGUGAAGCGGGCAUCUCUCUUAUCAUCAAGGAUAUCUUUGAUGAUUCAAGGCUGCUUGCUGUUGCUUCCAAAGCUGUCUUAUCGACGGAAUUCCAGGAGCCACAGGGACCUAUUGUCCCCUUCAGCCUUUUGAACAAGCAAACUCGUGCCCUGGUACUUGCUGGCGAAGUUCGCAAAUUUUGCGGCCUUAAUGAUGAUCACAUUAUUGAAGAUGCUUAUCCUUGCACUUCACUUCAGGAAGGUUUGAUGGCCUUGACCAUGAAGCAGCCGGGUUCGUAUGUUGCUAAGUAUGUUUACAAACUCUCUACUUUUGUUGAUAUGGAGCGAUUUCAAGCCGCAUGGAAUCGGACUAUGGAACUUUGUGGUAACAUGCGAACGCGAAUUGUCCUACUGAAUGGUACGCCAAUCCAAUUACUCCUCAAAGAAGAUAAUCAGUGGCAGUCUCUGGAGAAUGACACACUAGCCUCAAUCACCAAUUCUUCUCGAGAUCUAAAGAUGGGCUAUGGUGCUCCUCUCUGUUGGUACGGAGUGCUUGAGGAGAACAAUAAUAAAUACUUUGUGUGGUCAGCUCACCACUCCAUCUAUGAUGGCUGGGUGAUGCGCAUCUUGCUGACUACCCUAUACACCAUUUAUCUCAGCACGGAUGUACCAACCCUACAGCCUUAUUCUGGAUUUAUCAAGUACAACAUGGAGCUGGAUAGUAUGGCCUUGGCUGAUUUCUGGCGGGAGCAGCUGUCUGGCUCUAAGAGGGCUGUUUUCCCAGCACGUCAAACCUCUCCUAGUUCAUCGUCAUCAACACAAAUAUUCAAGUCUAUUAUCAGCCUCGAACAGGCUAAGCAGAGUAUCAUCACAAAGGCUUCUAUUUUGAGGGCUGCUUGGGCGAUUGUUCUUGCACGAUAUUGUGACACUGACGAUGUGAGCUUUGGUACGACUGUGUCGGGUCGCCAUGCUCCGGUUGCCGGUCUUGAGACUAUGCCAGGCCCCAUGAUAGCGACGGUUCCUGUUCGAGUUCACCUAAACCGUUCGGCCACUAAGUCCCAGUUUCUUACUGAAAUUCAAAAGCAAGCAUAUGAGAUGGUACCUUAUGAACAAUUCGGGCUUCAGAAUAUCUCUAAGCUCAGCCGCGAUGCUAGAGACACUUGUGACUUCUCGAGCUUGCUCGUUAUUCAGCCACCAGCAACUACGAUCUCGGAAAAGGACGCUGAUACUAACAUACUAAUUUAUGGCGACGAGGAACAGAGCCUUACAGAUGAUGCUAUGCAUAAUUACUUUAAUUAUCCUCUUGUGAUUAUCCUCAACACUUUCGAGGACCAUAUUCUGCAACGCUUCUUCUUUAACUCCGAGGUGUUAACUGAGGCGCGAGUAUCUGCGCUAUCGAAUCAUAUUGACCAUGUUGUGAAGAAGCUUUUAGCUGAAACUGACGAAACGCUUGAAAGUGUAAAUCUGGUCGGUGAUUGGGAUAUUCAGCACGCUCUUGCAUCCACAAGGCUCAAGCCCUCAACUGAGUCAUGCACGCACUGGCUUAUACAGGAGCGUAUUAAGACCCAGCCUAACGAUACCGCCAUCGUUUCUUGGGAUGGCGAUCUUACUUACAAAGAACUCGGUGUACUUGCAUCACGACUGGCAUGGAAGCUUCAAGGGCUUGGCGUCGGACCUGAAUCACUCAUUCCACUAUGCUUCCCUAAGUCUACUUGGGCAGUUGUUGCAAUGGUUGCUAUCGAGAUGGCUGGCGGUGCCUUUGUUCCUCUUGAUCCCAAUGCACCUGUUGCUCGCCUUCGAGGAAUUAUUGAAGAUACGAAGUCCUCUUUAGCUGUUGCUAGCCCAUCUUGCCAAGAUACUAUGCGUGAUAUUGGCAUCGAGGUGUUCGCUGUCGACGAGGCUCUUUUGCUUGAACUAUCCGACCCCGCGGACGGUGUUAAAUCUAUGGCACAGCCAGAUAAUGCAAGUGUCGUACUAUUCACUUCAGGAUCAACUGGCAAGCCCAAGGGGAUGGUUAUCCAGCACAACAGUUUGUGCUCAUCUGGAAAUGCUUAUGGUUGCGACCUCGAAAUUGGGCCCGGCACGCGUAUAUUCCAGUUCUCUGCUUAUACAUUCGACGUUGGUGUACUAGACUGUCUCGUUUCUCUUAUGCGUGGUGCAACUAUUUGCAUCCCGUCGGACCAUGCUCGUCUUAAUGACCUUGCCGGAGCCAUGAAUGUAACAAAAGCUAACUGGGUAUUCCUUACACCUACUGUUGCAGAUCUUCUCUCACCGGCCGACGUUCCUUAUCUCAAGACUCUCUGUUUAGGUGGCGAGGCUAUUAGUAAGAAAUGUGCAGACCGUUGGGUUAAUUGCACAAAUCUACAUGGCCUGUACGGCCCGGCAGAAGCGUCGAUCUGUGCUUGGAAUCCCGCUGUUGGUCAAUCGGGACGGUCAACCAACAUCGGAAGACCGACGUCUUCGGCCUUCUGGGUAGUUGAGCCUAACAAUUACAAGCGACUUGUCCCUGUAGGAUGCAUUGGCGAGCUUCUCAUUGAAGGUCCUAUGCUUGCCCGAGGAUACUUAAACGCCACCGCCGACGUUGCAUCCAACUGGAUGGAAAAUGUCGACUGGCUUCCAGGCAACAACAACAAGAGAGUCUAUAGGACUGGUGAUCUGGUUCGGCGCAAUGCAGAUGGCACUUUCGAAUUUAUGGGCCGUAAAGAUACUCAAGUUAAACUUCAUGGUCAGCGUGUUGAACUUGGUGAAAUCGAAUCUCGUAUCCAUGAAUUCCUGCCAAAGGAUAUGGCUGCUAUUGUGGCUGUUGUCAAGGAUGAACACGAGCAUGAUAGUUUGCUCGCUUUCUUAUGGUACACCGAAGGCGCUGUGGCCUCUCAGCCAACUGCUCAUUUAAUGGAAGUUGUCACGGAUGAGGCUCGAUCUAUGAUUUCCUUUGUUGAUUCCUCUCUCGGAAUGGUGUUGCCCUCGUAUAUGAUUCCAUCAUCUUAUCUAAUAUUUGAGGGUAAACCUGACCAAACUGUUAACGGCAAGGUUAACCGUAAUGGCCUGCUUGCCCACGCCCAUAAUUUAUCGACACAAGAUCGCCUGCGCUUUGCGCCUGUUGUUAGCAAGAGUGAACCACCAAGCACCACCAUGGAGUUCACACUCAGAGACCUCUGGGCUCAGGUAUUACAAAUUGAUGCCGAAUCCAUUGGGAAAAAUGAUAGCUUCCUUCGCAUUGGAGGUGACUCUAUUAGUGCUAUUCAGCUCGUCUCCCUGGCCCAGCAAAAUAACAUUGGUCUUACGGUAGCUACCAUUUUCAACGAUCCUCGCCUAUCUCACAUGGCUGAAGCUGCCAAUACUGAGGAAAUCAUGCCGGUAUAUGAGACUAAACCUUUUAGUAUCAUUCCUGCUUCUGCCAUGGAUAUAGUUCUUGGUGAGGUGCGAUCACAGUGCACCGAUCUAUCUGAGACCGCAGUCAUCGAAGAUGCUUAUCCUUGCACUCAAUUACAAGAAGGCUUGAUGAUUCUGGCAGUCAAGCAACCUGGAUCAUAUGUUGCAAAGCAUGUAUACCGCCUUACUGCUAAUGUCGAUGUUGAGCGCUUCAAGCAUGCUUGGAAUCAGACGGUAAAUGCUUGUGCAGCACUCAGGACGCGAUUAGUUCUUGUUGAUGGCUCUGCUUUCCAAGCCGUUAUCAAGGAUUCAGUCCAGUGGCACGCAUCGCCUGAUCUUCGCUCAUUCGUAAUGUCCACGGAAAAUUCUCAAAUGGGCUAUGGCUCUCCUCUCUGUCGAUAUGCUAUUAUUGAGCAGAAUGAAGAGAAGUAUUUUGCUUGGAAUAUCCACCACACUAUCUUCGACGGGUGGACUUUGCCACUAAUAAUGGGCACGCUUCACGCCUUCUACCGUGGUACCGAUGUCCCUUCUCUCCUUCCAUUUGCUGGCUUUGUGAAGUAUGUCAUGGAUAUGGACUAUGGCGCCGCCAGCGAAUAUUGGAUCAAGCAGCUUCACGGCGCUAAGAAAGCCAUUUUCCCUCCUGGAAGUGAAACAAUUAGAGCUACGAAAAAAUCAGAUAAAUCAACUCGCGUGAUGCACAACACGGUCCAGUUCCCAAGGUCUACUGAUACAUCGAUUACGAAGGCUACUAUCCUCCGAGCUGCCUGGGCUAUUGUACUUGGACGAUAUAACGAUUCCAACGACGUUUGCUUCGGUACUACAGUUUCCGGUCGCCAUGCCCCUAUUCCUGGCAUAGAGCGAAUGCCUGGUCUUGUCGUUGCGACUGUUCCUGUUCGCAUUAAGCUUGACCAGAACCAGUCUCUGAAUAGCUUCUUAGAAGGCAUUCAAUCACAAGCCUCUGAGAUGGUAACUUACGAGCAGUUUGGUAUCCAAAAUAUAUCUAAACUAAAUGCUCAAGCUAAGGAGGCUUGUGACUUUACUAGCUUGUUAGUCGUGCAGCCAGUCCAGCAUAUAACUUCCACUGGUAGCGAGGAAGAAGCGGCCCUUCUUACUGCUGCUGCAACUGAGGACAUUCAAGUCGAUGAAAUGCUAGAGAACUACUUUAAUUACCCCCUAGUUCUACAGUGCCAGUUAUUGGAUGACCGCGUCGAUUUUGUCCUUGUCUACGAUUGUGACAUUAUCGAUGAGCACCAACUUGUUGGCCUGUCCCACCAAUUCGAACAAGUGGUUUCCCAGUUACUUAGACAGGACAGCAGCUCUUUAUCCACGGUUUCAGUGGCAAGCGAGUGGGAUUUAGAAUUCGCACGUGCCGCAAACCAUAGCGAGCCUACUGUUAUUGACGACUGUAUCCAUCAUUUGAUUGAACAACAAGCCCUAAUCAACCCAGAGGCUGAAGCCUUAAGCGCUUGGGAUGCUAAAUUUACUUACACUGAAUUAGAUCGCUCUGCCAAUAGAUUGGCGCAUUAUCUUAUCCAAUCUUCAGGCGUUCAAGUUGGCGAUUGUGUUCACGUGUGCUUUGAGAAAUCGGCUUGGUAUGUGAUCUCGAUCUUGGCUAUCAACAAAGCUGGUGCUGCUUGGAUUCCUCUCGACCCAUCACAUCCUACUGAACGCCACCAGCAAAUUGUUAGCCAAACUGGAUCUACAUUAUCCCUCACCUCCCCAGCUAAUGCUGCCAAAUGUGCCAGUGUUGUGGCCAGUGUUCUGGAAGUGACAGGCGAGUUCAUGGAAACCCUUGAAGAGCAAUACAAAGAUAGUAAGCCGGCUACCAGCGUCUCGCCCAAAGAUGUAGCUUAUAUACUCUUCACCUCUGGAUCAACUGGUAUUCCUAAAGGUGUUGUUAUAGAACAUGGAGCCCUCUGCAGUAGCCAGACCUCUUAUGUCAGGAGACUUGGUCAUGCUCCUGGUGUCCGAAUGCUUCAAUUUUCUUCUUUCGUCUUUGACGCGAGCAUUGCCGAAAUUUUUGCCCCACUGAUUUCAGGAGCUUGUGUUUGUAUCCCGUCCUGGGAGACUCAGAUGAACUCACUGACAGGCUACAUAUGUAAAGAAAACGUUACAUGGGCACUGCUAACUCCUUCCUUUGCUCGUACUAUGGAUCCUCUGGAAGUUGCUUGCUUAGAGAUUUUGAUCCUUGGUGGCGAAGCUGUAAGCCGCGAUGUCUUCGAGCUUUGGUUUGGCAAGGUUCGUCUGUUCAACGCCUGGGGCCCUACGGAAUCUUGCGUCUUUGGUUCUCUACAUGAGUGGGAGUCUAUAAGUGAAUCGCAGAUGACAAUCGGUCGUCCACUCGGUGGUUACUGCUGGAUUGUUGACCCCGAAGAUCCGCAGAAAUUAGCCCCUACAGGCACUUUUGGCGAGGUUGUUAUUCAAGGGCCUAAUUUACUUCGCGAAUACCUUGCCGACAAAGAUAAGACUGCCUCAUCGAUUGUCGCUGCUCUUCCUGAUUGGGCCCCCAAUCGCCGCUCCCAUCACUGGAAUCGGUUCUAUAAAACUGGUGAUUUAGCGAAGUAUAACCCGGAUGGAACUUUGCAAUACUACAGCCGAAAAGACACACAAGUCAAGAUCCGUGGUUUGCGUGUGGAAUUGGGCGAGGUUGAGCACCAUAUCCGCCAGAGCCUUAUUGAUGCCCAGCAGGUCGCCGUGGAUGUGUUUAAGACGGAUGCAGGAGUCAAUCUUGUAUCAUUCAUCUGCUUUAAUAAUGAUACUCUUCCUGCCAGCAUGACUGCUGAUCUCACGAGCAACGAUAUUGUUUUGCGAUUAACAGACGAUCUCAAGGAUAGUAUCAAUAGUCUACUGGGCCAUCUCAACGUCGUUUUACCUGGAUACAUGAUUCCCACGCUAUUUGUUCCCAUUAAGUCCAUGCCGCUCGUCACUUCCGGCAAACUUGAUAGGAAGCUUUUGUUGAAGCUUACCGCUUCAGUUCCUAAGGAGCAGCUUGAGGAAUAUGCUCUUACCGGCGGCGAUAAAAGACAGCCAGAAACUGAAAUGGAAUACCGCUUACAGGAACUCUGGGCCGUCCUUCUUAAUAUGCCUGCCGCUUCUAUUGGUCGUGAUGACAGUUUUAUGAGAAUUGGUGGAGAUUCUAUCGCUGCUAUUCGCCUCGUCGCCAAGGCUCGUGAGAAUGGCAUCUCUAUUAGUGUGAAUGACAUAUUCAGUGACCCCCGGCUCCUUGCUAUCGCAGCCAAAGCUACUAUACUGAUGAAUGACAUUGAAGAAAUUACUGUCAUUGAACCAUUUACACUCAUUGAUCAGACUUACCAGUCCAUGGUAUUAAGCAGCGCUUCUGGUAUCAAUUUGUCAACUAACAUGCAAAUCGAGGAUGCCUUCCCGUGCUCAAAGCUACAGGAGGGUCUGAUGGCUUUAGCCGUGAAGCAGCCUGGCUCCUAUAUUGCUAAAUUCCAUUAUCGAUUGCCGCCUCAUGUCGAUGUAGCCCGCUUCAAAAGAGCAUGGGAACAGACUGUUGAGCUCUGUGCUAAUAUGCGUACACGGAUUGUCAGUGUUGGAGGUACGACUAUCCAAAUAGUGAUCAAGAACGAUAUCGCUUGGGAAGAUACUACCGGCAUGACAUUAAAGUCAUACUUACGCACCACUCAGCAAACAGAGAUGGGCUAUGGUUCUCGCCUUUGCCGUUACGCGCUGAUUAAAGAAGAAGGUCAGGAUGUCCAAUUCUUUUGGAGCAUUCAUCACGCUGUCUUCGAUGGCUGGACAACACCCAUUAUUAUUGGCGCUUUACACAGCGCCUAUAGAGGCAUUGAAAUGCCCAGGAUCGAAAACUACGCUAAAUUCAUCAAAUACACGAUGGAUGUCAAUAAGAAAGAUGCCAGCGAGUAUUGGAUGACGGAGCUUCACGAUGUUAAGAAAGCUACAUUCCCUUCCACUCCCUCGAUUGCACCAUCUGACGGAAACGACGUGACACGGUUUAUGGAAACUAGAAUUGAUUUGCCUCAGAAUGGCAUGGCUGUCACUAAAGCUACUAUACUUCGCGCGGCCUGGGCCAUAGUUCUUGCGCGCUACUGUGAUACCGAUGAUGUUUGUUUUGGAACAACAAUCUCGGGCAGACAGGCUCCUGUUUCAGGAUUGAUGGAGAUGCCUGGACCAGUUAUCGCUACGGUGCCAAUUCGAGUUCGUCUAGAUCGACAGAAAUCUGUUGAUGGCUUCCUUCAAGACAUCCAAAGCCAAGCCACUAAAAUGCUCGCCUAUGAACAAUUUGGCCUCCAAAAUAUCAGCAGAUUGAGCGCUGACGCAAAGGAAGCUUGCGACUUUUCAUCGCUACUUGUUAUCCAGCCAAUUCAAUCUCUUACUUAUAAUGACAGCAAUGAAAAGACUCUACUGGCUGCUCCUGAAUCUGCUGUCGAGACUAAGGAUGAAGUAAUGCAAAACUACUUUUCGUAUCCAUUAGUAAUUCAAGCGCACUUGCACGAAAACUACAUUAAUCUUGUAUUAAUUUACGAUUCUGUGGUUCUGCAAGAGGCGCAACUUCUCGCCCUUUCUCAGCAAUUUAAACAUGUUGUUGAGCAGCUAGUGUCUGAACCUCAAUUAAGCCUUGGAUCUCUCACUGUCGCUUCUGACUGGGAUGUUACACAAUCUAUCAAGUUUAAUUCUGAAAUCCCUGAUAUUGUCGACUCGUGUGUUCAUCAGCUUAUUGAGAGACAAGCUGAAAUUCGUCCUGAUGCAAUGGCAAUUAGGUCUUGGGACGCAGAGCUCACAUAUUCCGAAUUUAACCGUGCUGCUAACCGUCUCGCCAACUAUCUGACAGCUAAUUAUAGCAUCAAAACGGAUGACCUGAUACAUGUCUGCUUUGAAAAAUCGGCUUGGUUCUUUGUGUCUAUCCUGGCUAUUAACAAGUCGGGCGCUGCUUGGGUUCCACUCGAUCCUACUCACCCGGAACAGCGACUUCGACAAGUUGUAUCUCAAACAUGUUCCGAAAUUACACUAACUUCGGCUGCAAAUAAGAAUUUGGUUUCUAGCUUGUCUAAGUCAGUUAUUAUUGUAGACUCAGAACUUGAUCUGCAGCUGUCUAAGGUUGAGGAAUACAGCCAGAAGGGCCCAGUAACGGCUACAUCUUCGGAUAACGCUGUAUAUGUUCUCUUCACCUCUGGAUCUACCGGUACGCCUAAAGGUCUAGUUAUGCAACACGGCUCAGUCUGUACAUCUCAAACAGCCAUCGUUAAGAGGCUUGGCCUAACACCUAGUGUACGCAUGUUACAAUUCGCUGCCUUCGUGUUCGACCUUUCGAUUGGAGAGAUAAUUGCGCCAUUGAUAACAGGCGCUUGUCUGUGUAUACCAUCUGAACAUACUAGGAUGAAUAGCCUUACCCAAUUUAUUCGCGAUAUGGAGAUUAAUUGGGCAUUCCUUACGCCUUCAUUCAUCCGUACGAUCAACCCAGUAGAGGUUCCAGGACUUGAUCUUGUAUUAUUAGCCGGUGAGGCUGUCCCUCGAGACGUCUUAACCACUUGGUUUGGCAAAGUUCGCCUAAUCAAUGGAUGGGGGCCUGCCGAGACCUGUGUGUUCUCAACACUCCAUGAGUGGAAGUCAGUUAACGAGUCACCUCUCACAAUUGGUAAGCCAGUCGGUGGUUUCUGUUGGGUUGUUAACCCUGAAGAUCCUCAUCGCCUCGCUCCGAUUGGAACGCUUGGAGAAGUUGUCAUUCAAGGCCCGACCUUGUUAAGCGAAUAUUUAUCUGAUCCUGAACGAACGCGGUCUUCUACACUGUACAAUCUCCCCAAGUGGGCCCCUCGCCCUGACUCUAAACACUGGAAUAAGUUCUAUAAGUCUGGCGAUCUGUGUUAUUACAACCAAGACGGCACGAUUGAAUUCGCAACUCGUAAAGAUACACAAAUCAAGAUCCGUGGUUUACGUGUGGAGCUUGGAGAAGUUCAGCAUCACAUCCAACAAGCACUUCCUGAUGCCCGACAAGUCGCCGUCGACGUCUAUAAAGGUGAAAAUGGCACAAACCUCGCUGCAUAUUUCUGCUUUAGUGAUGAGACCCGAACUGUGGGUGUCAAUGAUGAUGCUUCUGGAGGUCCAUUCUUACCAAUUAGCGAGGAUUUACAGUCUUGCUUAGCAGCAGUUGUUAGCAAGCUUAGUAUUUCACUGCCUCGUUAUAUGAUCCCGACCAUGUUCAUCCUUUGCAGCUAUAUGCCUUUCAUUACCUCAACAAAACUUGACCGCAAUGAGCUGAAGAAGCUUACCGGAGCAUUAGAUAAGACCCAAAUAGCUCAAUAUUCUCUCCUUGAUGGUAAGAAACGCUCACCAGAAACUCCUAUGGAGGUGUUCUUCCAAAAGCUUUGGUCCGAGCUUCUUGGAAUUCCGAUCGAAUCCAUCGGUCGCGACGAUAGCUUUCUGGGCCUUGGUGGUGACUCUAUUACUGCAAUUCACAUGGUCAAUGCCGCCAGAGAACUAGGUAUUGUGCUUGCUGUCAAGGAAAUAUUUCAAGAUCCGCGCCUUUCUACUGUUGCGGACAAGGCUCGAGAGGCCGGAGAAGACGAGCACGCGUCUAUUGUCCACAUCACUCCAUUCUCGUUACUUGAUAGGACUGUGCGUCAGCUAUCUCUCGGUGAUGAAGCUCGACAACUUUGUGGGUUAGAAGAUAAUGAAGAGGUCGAAGAUGCCUACCCGGCAACUACAUUCCAGGAAGGCCUAAUGGCUCUAUCAGUAAAGCAGCCGGGUUCAUACAUUGCCAAAUAUGCCUACAAACUAUCUCAUGACGUCGACACCUCUCGCUUUAAGGCUGCCUGGGAACGCACUGUUGCUUUAUGUCCAGCUAUGCGGACCAGAAUCGUUCUUAUAGAUGGCAAGUGUAUUCAGACAAUCAUCAAAGAGGAGACUUGUUGGCAAUCCCAAGAGCACAAAGAUGCCCACAACGCAAUCCAAGCUGCUCAGAAAAUUGAGAUGACCUAUGGCUCUCGCCUUUCUCAACUUGUCUUAGCCGAAGGUGAUAAUGGGAACAAAUACUUCCUCUGGACAAUUCAUCACGCCGUUCACGAUGGCUGGACCAUCCGUCUGAUAAUGAACACCUUCCAGAACGCUUAUCAUAACCUGGAACUGCCUACACUAAAGCCAUACUCAGGAUUUAUUCACUAUCUGACGACUAUCAAUUCUCAAGAUACCAUCAAGUACUGGACUCAGCAGCUUCGAGGAGCUAGCAAGGCAUCUUAUCCUCCUGCCACGCCAACUUCCGCAUCAGAGGCAAUUACUCAGGUCAUCAGCAAGACAAUCCAAGUUCCCACUUCUACUGAUGCCGCCAUUACGAAAGCAACAAUAAUGCGAGCUACUUGGGCUAUCUUGCUCGCCCGUUAUUGCGAUACUGAUGAUGUAACUUUCGGUACAACCAUAUCUGGAAGACAAGCGUCUGUAUCAGGCCUCAUGGAUAUGCCUGGUCCUGUGGUCGCGACUGUUCCCGUGCGUGUUCGUCUAGACCAACAACAGACAAUUAGCAAGUACCUCCAGACUAUUCAAAAUCAAGCCCACGAGAUGGUCCCAUACGAACAAUAUGGCUUAUCAAACAUCGGAAAGAUUAGUCCCGACUUCAGGGAAGCAUGUGACUUUACAAGCUUGCUGGUUGUGCAACCUCGAACACACUUGGACUCAAGAAGCAAAGGCAUAUCUGGUGAUGACGAAGCCACAUCGUCCGCUCUACUAUUGCCUGCCGAUAUUGCGGGUAAUUCAGCUGAGGAAUUAAUGCAAGGAUACUUUUCUUAUCCUCUUGUCAUCCAGGGCCAUCUUCUCAGUGAUUCAAUUGAAUUGAUCAUUACCUAUGACUCUUCAGUACUCUCUCAGCCGUCUAUGGAAGCUCUUUGCUAUCAAUUUGAGCAUGUGGCUUCUCAGCUAUUCACAGAUCAAGUUCACCUACUGGGUGAUUUGAGUGUUGCUUCCAAUUGGGAUCUACAGCGCGCCACCGAAUUUAACUCGGAGACACCAGAGAUCAUGGAUACGUGCAUUCAUCACCUUAUAGAAUUGCGUGCAAGGGAAGCGCCUAAUUCGCCAGCUAUCUGGGCCUGGGAUGGUGAGUUAACUUACGGUCAGCUUAAUGAAGCCGCCAAUAGGUUAGCACACUAUCUUAUCAGUGAGUAUGAUGUUCAAGUUGAAGAUCUCAUUCAUGUCUGCUUCGAGAAAUCGGUUUGGUAUUGGGUAGCCAUCUUUGCUAUCAACAAGGCCGGUGCUGUGUGGGUUCCUCUAGAUCCAUCUCAUCCUGAGCAACGUCUCCGUCAAGUUACUUCCCAAACGCGAUCUAAGUUGGCCCUCACAUCUAACAAUACCCGGAAUUUACUUUCUGGUAUCAUUGACCGAGUGAUUGAAGUUUCAUCUGCCUUGUACAGGCAUAUCAAUGUCUCGCUCGGUGCAAAGAAUCCUCAAGUCUCAGUUUCAUCUCACAAUGCUGCCUAUGUGCUGUUCACUUCUGGAUCCACGGGUGUGCCCAAAGGUCUGGUCAUGACUCAUGGUGGCAUUUCAACCAGUCAGAUGGCUAUCAAAAAGAGAAUGGGCAUAAACUCAAGCAACAGAACGCUCCAAUUUGCUUCGCAUGUGUUUGACUUGUGUCUCGGCGAAAGUAUACUACAGCUGAUUUCGGGCGCCUGUAUAUUCAUUCCUUCUGAGUACACUCGAAUGAAUGGUCUGAAAGACUUCAUUACUGAGCAUAAGAUUAACACUCUUUUCCUCACGCCAUCCUUCGUGCGAACCCUGAGUCCUGACCAACUCCCCUCAGUCACACUUUUGCUAUUAGCUGGUGAAGCCGUUCCUCGUGACAUUCUUACCACUUGGUUUGGUAAAGUUCGAUUAUGGAACGGUUGGGGUCCUGCUGAGACUUGUUUAUUUAGCUCCCUACACCAGUUCCAAUCUGUAGAUGAAUCACCAUUGACAAUCGGCCGUCCUGUAGGAGGCUUCUGUUGGGUUGUAGAUCCGACGAAUGCUAAUAAGCUUGCCCCUAUUGGCACGCUGGGCGAAGUUGUCAUCCAGGGUCCAACAGUCUUACGCGAAUAUCUAGCCGAUGUCGAACGUACCAAGGCCACUACAAUGUAUAAGUUGCCUGCCUGGGCACCAUACCAAGAUCAGCCCUCUUGGUCACGAUUCUUUAAGUCCGGUGAUUUAGCUUCAUACAAUCCUGACGGUACACUUGAAUUCUCCAACAGGAAGGAUACACAAGUUAAGAUUCGCGGCCUUCGUGUGGAGCUUGGCGAAGUUGAGUAUCACGUCCAGAGUAGCCUUGAAGGUGCUCGUCAAGUUGCUGUUGACGUAUUCACGACCGAUUCCGGUACAAGGCUCAUCGCAUAUUUCUGUUUCUCGGAUGAAACACGCACGGCAAGCAUUUCUGAAUCAGAUGAGAGCAUCUUCUUGCCUGUAACAGAAGAGCUACAGGCGCAGCUUACAAAUAUGAUCAGCCAGCUCAAUGUUACACUGCCUCGUUACAUGGUGCCCUCACUUUUCCUGCCAUGCCGCUACAUGCCUUUCAUCGCGUCCACCAAGCUUGACAGAAAUAAAUUAAAGAAGCUCGUUUCUGAACUUAGCCAUGAGGACCAUGCUGCUUAUUCACUACGCAACUGCGUCAAACGCAUGCCUGAGACGGAAAUGGAAACUCGCAUGCAAGAGCUCUGGUCCACCGUGCUGCACAUGCCCAAAGAAGAAAUUGGCUGCGAUGAUAGCUUCUUGCAAAUUGGUGGUGAUUCAAUUGCUGCUAUCCAGCUUGUAACAAAUGCUCGUGAGGCCGGCAUUUCGAUUGCGGUUAAGGAUAUCUUUGAUGAUCCUCGUCUCUCGAAGCUUGCCUUAGUGGCUAGUAAUAACUGUAGCCGAGUCAACAUCUCUACAGUUAUUCCUCCCUUCAGUCUACUUGGAGAUUCACUUACAGGAUCUCUCCUCUCUGACGCUGCGAAGGAGCAGUGUAAUCUCUCUGGAGAUGACCUGCUUGAGGAUGCCUAUCCUUGCACAAAGCUACAAGAGGGUCUAAUGGCACUCGCCAUUAAGCAACCCGGAUCCUACAUUGCUAAAUAUGUCUACCAACUUCCUGCCCAUGUCGAUGUUGGCAAAUUCCGCGGUGCCUGGGAGCGUACCGUCCAAAGUUGUGCCAACCUCCGCACACGUGUCAUUAUUGUAAAUGGUAUCACCACUCAAGUCCUACUAAAAGACGAUAUCGCUUGGGACGACACAUCCAAUAUGACACUUGAGACUUAUGCUCGUGCCACGCUCCAAUUUGAGAUGGGGUAUGCCAAACGCCUGUGCCGAUAUGCCAUCAUUGAGGAACAUAAUGCCACUUAUUUCGCUUUCAGCAUCCAUCACACUGUCUUUGACGGCUGGUCUCUUCCAUUGGUAAUGAGUACACUGUCUGCGGCGUAUUAUGACCUUGAGCUUCCUUCCCUACAGCCGUAUGCUGCUUUCGUCAAGUAUACAAUGAACAUCAAUAACAACGCCGCUUCCGAGUAUUGGAAGAUGCAACUCGAGGGAGCCAAACGUGCAAGCUUCCCGGCACCCAGUGACAAGUCCGGAAUUUCACAUACUCGCGUUACUAAUAAAACCAUCGAGUUUCCCAAGUCAACAAACACAUCCAUCACUAAGGCUUCUAUUCUACGAGCUGCUUGGGCUAUUGUCCUUGCACGUUAUUCCGAUAGUGACGAUGUCUGCUUCGGUACCACAGUCUCGGGUCGUCAUGCCAAUGUCACCGGUCUUGAAGCUAUGCCUGGUCUGGUAGUUGCUACUGUUCCUGUUCGUAUUCGCCUUGAUAAGGAAAAGCGUCUUUCUCAAUUCCUUCAAGAUAUACAAACGCAGGCCUCAAACAUGGUUGAUUAUGAACAGUUUGGCAUCCAAAAUAUCUCUAGACUUGGCUCUGACGCUAAAGAGGCCUGUGAUUUCACAUCCCUAUUAGCCAUCCAGCCAGUUCAGCACAUGAGUGCAGACAGCAACAAUCCUGGCGAUCAGAAUGCUCUCAUACUUCCUGCUGCCGCUCCUCAUAUUCAAGCUGAGGAAAUGCUGCAGAAUUAUUUCUCCUAUCCAUUGGUUAUCCAGUGUCACCUCUUGGAUAGCCUUGUCAACUUGGUCUUUAUCUAUGACUCCGAUGUUCUUGGCGAAGCUCAACUGGGCGCUAUGAUGCAUCAAUUUGACCAUGUUAUCCAACAACUCCUUACUCAUAGUGACGAACCACUGGGCGAUGUGAGUGUCUCGGGGCCGUGGGAUGUCCAGCGAGCUGUGCAGUUGAACAACAAGAAGUCUGAUUUCAUACAUACUUGCCUCCAUGACAUGUUCACCAAGCACGCCUCGAACGCCCCUCACCACGAGGCCAUCUAUUCAUCAAAAGGUAGUCUCACAUAUGGUGAGCUUGACCACCUUACAGAUAUUCUCGCUACACACCUGAGCUCGUUGAAUGUUGGCCCAGAAACCGUGGUGCCGUUUUGCUUCGAGAAAUCCAUGUGGGCCGUGGUUGCGAUUUUGGCCAUUCUCAAGGCAGGCGCCGCAUUUGUGCCUCUUGAUCCAUUACAUCCAAUCAGCCGUCGUGAAGCAUUGGUUAGAGAAGUUAAUGCCCGCGUACUCAUCGCAUCUUCUGACGCAGUCGCCUCGUGUGCAGGUAUGGCUGAGCAUGUUGUCGAGUUAUCGCCUAGCGUAAUGGCUAGACUUGCUACUUCUGUUACUCUCAAGAUCCUACCAAAGGUUGGACCGAGGAACACGGCAUAUAUCCUGUUCACCUCUGGAUCUACUGGUAAGCCCAAGGGUGUUGUUAUGCAACAUGGCUCCUUCAGCUCUACUACCAUUGGAUAUGGCAAGGUUUAUAACCUUUCACCGUUGUCGAGAAUAUUCCAGUUCUCCAAUUACAUCUUUGAUGGUAGCCUUGGUGAGAUUUUUGGCCCACUGGCCUUUGGCGGAACCAUUUGUAUCCCUAGUGAUGAUGAGCGCCUGCAAUGCGCUCCGGACUUUAUGCACAGAGCCAAGGUCAACACAGCCAUGUUGACACCAUCCUUUGUGAGAACUUUUACACCAGAUAAAGUGCCACAUCUGAAGACUCUUGUUCUCGGUGGCGAAGCCGCCUCUAAGAGCACCUUAGAGAUGUGGGUUGACCGAGUCACUCUGUUCAAUGGUUACGGGCCGGCUGAGGCUUGCAACUAUGCCACUACCCAUAUUUUCAAGUCCAGUGCCGAAUCUCCUCGCCUCAUCGGAUCCAGUUUCAACGGUGCCUGCUGGGUUGUAGAGCCUAGUAACCAUAACAAGCUCACACCGAUAGGUUGCACGGGAGAACUCGUUCUCCAGGGUCACGCUCUGGCUCGAGGUUAUCUAAAUGACAAAAUGAAGACAGAAGAAUCGUUUGUUUGUGAAAUUGGCUCGCUUCCAUCUUCGCUCUUACACGAGCCCAAGCGAUUCUACCUUACGGGAGAUCUAGUCCGUUACAACUCAAAUGGCGAGUUAGAAUACCUCGGACGGAAAGACUCUCAGGUUAAACUAAGAGGCCAGCGUCUUGAGCUAGGUGAAAUUGAAUACAACAUUACUCAGUCACUCUCGAGCGUGCGCCAUGUCGCUGUUGAUGUUAUGCACAGACAGGCGGGUGAUUCACUGGUCGCAUUCAUCUCGUUUUCUGGCCAUGCAAACACUAAAUGGACCUCAGACGAUCUGUGUCUUAAUCUAGUUGCUCCUAAUGAGACUAUGAGGUCUACGCUUGGAAGUUUGAGAGAGAAUUUGAAGGCCUCUCUUCCCGCUUAUAUGGUUCCCAGUAUCAUUCUUCCUCUUCAAUGUAUGCCUUUCAUUACUUCGAUGAAACUUGACAGAACCCAACUGCGAGCCCUGGGAAGCUCUCUAUCUUCUGAAGAGCUUGCCGCAUUUACUCCGGGCAAGGCAGACAAGAUUGAGCCAACAACUCAUAUGGAAUUCAAGCUGCGCGAUCUCUGGGCUCAGAUCCUUAAGAUCUCCGCGGAAGAGAUUGGCAAAAACGACAGCUUCCUGCAGAUUGGAGGUGACUCUAUCUCAGCUAUUCACCUGAUUACCCUGGCUCAAGAGCAUGGUGUUCUACUCACUGUUGCAAGUAUUUUCGCCGAUCCUCGACUAUCAUCAGUUGCUGCAUCGGCAAGAUUCGGCUAUGUUACAGAGACAUAUGAGGCUGAGCCUUUUAGCAUGGUCCUGCCAUCUGAUCGCAAAGUUGUCACUCGUGAAAUUAUGCAGCAAUGCAAUCUCUCUUCCACCGAAUUAAUCGAGGACGCCUAUCCGACUACGAAACUACAAGAAGGUCUUAUGGCUUUGACUGUUAAACAGCCUGGCUCUUACACAGCUCGCUACGUGUACCGCAUUCCUGAGCAUGUCAACACUGAGCGGUUCAAAGCGGCUUGGGAUAAGACUGUCGAAGUCUGCCUAAAUCUUCGAACUUCCAUUGUUCUUAUUGGCUUUAAAACCAUCCAAGCCGUUAUCAAAGCUAAUUUAGAGUCACUGUGGGAGCCUACCACAGAUGUCUCUUUACAGUCGUAUAUGAGGAAUGCGAUCCAAGCUUUCAACAUGGGCUAUGGCUCUCGUCUCUGCCGCUACGCUCUGAUUGAAGAUGGCGGUAACAAUUAUUUUGCCUGGCACAUUCAUCACUCAGUGUAUGAUGGCUGGACUCAGCCGUUAAUCAUGUCCACCUUCUACGCUGCCUACUUCGGCACUGAGCUGCCCCCUCUGCAGCCUUUUGCCCGUUUCGUCAAAUACACGACGACCAUUGAUCAAGAUGACGCUGCAGAAUACUGGAGACACCAACUUUACGAUGCCAGACCGGCUUCCUUCCCAGCUGUUGACAAGAAAUUAGCUGCUACAAAUGGCAACAUAGAUGUAACCCGGAUAUUCACAAAGUCUAUUGACUUCCCACGCACGACAAACACCUCUAUCACUAAGGCUACAAUUAUGCGAGCUGCUUGGUCAAUUGUUUUGGCUCAAUACUGCGAUACUGAUGAUGUAUGCUUUGGCACUACGGUCUCUGGCCGUCACGCUCCUGUUCCUGGUCUAGAUUCUAUGCCUGGCCCCAUGCUUGCCACCGUCCCUGUCCGAAUCCGUCUUGAUAAAGAUCAGCCAACGUCACAGUUCCUCCAUGAUGUUCAGAUUCAAGCUUCAGAAAUGGUCGCGUAUGAGCAGUUCGGUCUCCAAAACAUCGGGGCUCUAAGCACUGAAGCUAAGCAAGCAUGCGACUUUUCCAGCUUGCUCGUCAUCCAACCCGCUCAGGCUGCUAAUGAGAAUGAUGCGGCCGACAGAGGUGAUAUCUUGGUACUGGCUGACUCCGUGAAUUCCACCGAGGCAUCUUUGCAGAACUUCUCCAAUUAUCCAUUGGUCAUUCAAAUUGCUCCCAUGGAUAACCACUUCGAGUUACUCCUAAUUUACGACUCAAAUGCUCUGACAGAGUUCCAAGUAAUGUCUAUUUCUGAGCAAUUUGGUAAUGUUGCCAAACAACUUAUUAUCCAAAAUAAGGCAUUAAUUGGCGACAUCGAAGUCGCCGGAUCUUGGGAUCUACAGAAGCAACUCGAGUGGAACAGUGAAAUUGAUAGUCCCGCUGACAGCACUCUCCACGAUCUUUUCUCGAAGCAGGCAGCUAUUAAACCAGAUCACGAAGCUUUGUACAGCAGUGAAGGAAGCAUGACUUAUAGCGAACUCGAUCAUCUGACAACUCAAUUUGCUGUAUACCUCAGCCGCCUUGGUGUCCGACCUGAGACCAUUGUGCCUUUUUGCUUUGAAAAAUCAAUGUGGGCUAUCGUCGCAAUGUUGGGUAUUCUCAAAGCUGGUGGUGUUUUCAUCCCAUUGGAUCCAUCACAUCCAACAAGUCGCCGCCAAGCUCUAGUGGACGAAGUUUGCGCACAGUUCAUGGUUGUGUCGCCUACAACCGCCUCUGAUUGUCAGGGCAUGGUUCAGAACACGAUCGAGCUUUCUCAAUCCUUCAUUGCUCACAUUUCUACCAUCAAUGUCACAAAACAAUCUUUCGUCAGGCCAGGCCCCAAUAACGCCGCAUAUGUCCUGUUUACUUCCGGUUCGACUGGUAAGCCAAAAGGUGUCAUUAUCGACCACAAGGGCGUUGCCACGGUGCUCCUCAGGCAACGCGAGGACUUCUCAAUCAACGGAGACUCACGGAUGCUACAAUUUUCCAACUACGUAUUUGACGCUUGUAUCAUCGAAAUCUUCACGACACUCAUUGCUGGUGCUACUGUUUGCGUACCCACAGAACACCAACGUGUACACAACACUGCAGCCUUCAUUCGUGAAGCUCGCAUUAAUCAUGCGAUCCUAACGCCUACAUUCACCAAGACUCUGUCUCCGGAACAAAUUCCUGGAAUGAAGGCUAUCAUCCUCGUGGGUGAAGCCCCCACAAAGGAGAUUAUCGAUAUCUGGGUUGAUAAGGUGGAACUUCACAACGGCUAUGGUCCAGCAGAGGCUUGCGUAACUUCGACUAACUACACAUAUUCUUCAUCUGUCAAUUUUUCAGCUACCAAUAUUGGUCGCAGCUUUACACACGGCCUAUGGGUUGUCGACCCCGAUGACCAUAAUCGCCUUAUGCCGACCGGUUGCGUUGGUGAGCUAUUGCUACAAGGUUCAUCUCUGGCCCGCGGCUACAUCAACGAUGAGGAGAAGACUAGGAAAUUUUUUAUUAAGGAAGUUGAGUGGCUGCCAUCUGAGGCCAAUGUGGGAGAACGCCGAUUCUAUAAGACUGGUGAUCUAGUUCGCUAUAAUCUCGACGGCUAUGUCGAAUAUCUGGGCCGAAAAGAUACUCAAGUCAAGGUCCGAGGCCAACGUAUCGAGCUUGGUGAAAUCGAGCACCACAUUAAGAACUCCAACACUGCCAUCGAGCAUGCCGUUGUCGACAUCACUCGAAAUGCUGGCCGCGAGUCUCUCCUCGCCUUCAUUUGCUUCACCUCGCAGCAGGAGGCCGAGAGUGUUUCUAAGGAGAUUCGCCUCACGGAAGUCACCGAGGAGCUUCGCGAGAUGUUCUCUGACAUUGUCACCACCAUCAGCUCCAAUUUACCUAGCCACAUGAUUCCGAAGUACCUAAUCCCCGUUGACUAUAUGCCACAUAACGCUGCUGGUAAAUUAGAUCGAAAGAUGCUUGUCGCUUCUAUUGCCAAACUCACAACUGACGAUCUUUCCAACUAUCUCGCCGGCCAACGUCUGCCUUUCCGUGACUGCUCAACCGAUACCGAAUUCUGGAUUCGACACCAAUGGGCCACUACUCUUGAUCUUCCCGCCGAGACCGUCGGCGUAGACGACAACUUUUAUAGCCUCGGCGGUGACUCUAUUCGCAUCGUUACCAUUUCCAAGGCUAUCCUCAACCAAUAUGGUGUUUCCCUUGGUAUGUCUCUCCUUAACUCGAAGCACACCACGAUUGCGAAUAUGGCCAAGCACAUCGACAACGAACACAACGGGCAAGAAAAGGAGCAAUUAAGUGGCGUUGACUUUAAUGGUGAAAUAUCGUCUCUCUCUCGCUCUGUAUUGGAUACCGGAGCACUCAAUCUCGCUGCCAAUCCCAAAACUGAGCUACCUGACCAAGCCAUUGUCUUCCUCACCGGCGCCACUGGUUUCCUUGGACAAGAGAUCCUUAGGCAACUCAUUUGCAACAAUGCUAUUGCUUCAAUCAUAACGCUCGUACGAGCCAAGUCUCCCGAUCACGGCCUAGACCGUAUCCGCGAAACUGCCAAGAUCGCUGGCUGGUGGCAAGAAAAUUACACGAGCAAGAUCGAGAUCUGGUGUGGUGAUUUGAGCAAAAAGCGAAUGGGUCUAAGCGAUGUACAAUGGGCACGCCUAGCCGGCCAAUCCAGCAACAACGUCGAUGCCAUCGUCCACAACGGUGCCAUCGUAAACUGGAAUGCCGAUUAUGACAAGAUGCGUGCUGCUAAUGUUGACUCCACGGUUGAUUUGCUCAAGGCUACUGUCAACUCCGCCGCUUCUCCCAAGUUCAUCUUCGUCUCCGGUGGUAUCAAAUCUGAUCCCACCACGGAUCGCACCAUUCUCGCGCAGUAUCUUGGCAAUAUCACGGGUUAUACCCAGACCAAGUUUGUCUCCGAGGGCAUUAUUCAAGAGAUUAUCAAUACUCUCCCCGCUGACCAGAACCGCAUUUCUACUCUCAAACCCGGCCGCAUCAUUGGAUCUCCCGAGACCGGUGUAGCUAACGUGGAUGAUAUGCUAUGGCGUGUUGUUUCUACUGCUGCUUCUCUUCGCGUCUAUCCUGCAGAGCCUGAGGAGCAUUGGGUCUCUGUCGCUGACGUUACCACCGUUGCAUCAUCCGUGCUCAGCCAAUUAUACGCAAAGGAAGGCAUCGCGCCCUUCGUCAGUGUCGCGGGUGGCAUGCCAGCAACAAUUUUCUGGGACAUCAUCAACAAGGAGCUUGAUGUUCCUUGCGAACCCCUCUCUCCAGAUGAAUGGACUCACCGUGCUUUGGAAUCAAUGAACGAAGUCGGCGACAAACACCCUCUAUGGCCUGUGCAGCAUUUCCUUGGCAACCUUGGCUCUGUUCGAACUGCUAAAGAAGUUGAAACUGAAGGCAUUGAGCAUGAGCAGUGGCAUAUGGCUGUUAAAAUGAGCAUGCGCUACCUCAUGAAAAUUGACUUCAUUCAAUCGUCUACUGAUGGUUUUGCCAAGCCUCGUCGCGCUGGUACUUUCCAGCGUAUACAUGGUUAA